AUGGUUAACCUAAGGUACUCUUCCGUUUUACAUAACGCAAUUUUUCAGAAACCUUUCCGAGGUUACGAUCUUGGAGAACUUAAAAAUGAGAUAUCAAAAGAAAAACAUUUAUGUAAGAACUUGCUUUUCUUCAUUAACAAUGUGUAGACUUAUAUCGGAAGUAUUUUAGUUAGUGUCAACCCCUACGUUGAUUUACUCAUUGACGGUCCCGAAGUCAUGAGCACAUAUAGAAGUCAACCAAUGGCUUCUAUGCCUCCGUAAACCAUUGUUGUGCCUUAACACAUAUAUUUUUCAGACACGUUUAUGGUGUUGCCGAAGGGAUGUAUCAGAAUUUGCUUCAUGACGGCUCCGACCAAGUGGUUAUCAUUAGGUAGGAUUCCUACUGAACCACUAGAUCCAUUGUUUGCCACUUAAUGCCGAGUUGUCAUUAAAAUCUGGUCCCUUUUCACUUUUUGCUAUAGCGGCGAAUCGGGCGCCGGCAAGACCGAAGCUUUCAAACGUAUUUUACGUUAUUUGGCAUCAUCGAGUGAGGGAGACCAAAUAACGUGGGGGUCGGCUGCCCAAGGUGUCCUCGAAAGCACUCCCUUGCUCGAAAGUUUUGGAAACGCAACGACACUGCGCAAUGACAAUUCAUCACGUUUCGGAAAAUAUGUUGAAGUGUUUUUCCUAGGGUAAGUGCGAAAUAAAAAUACUAUGCGCGAUUGACGAUUAGAAUUUUUUAUAUUUAAAACAUAUAUUUACGGAAACCUUACCACUUUCAGCCCAACAAUUGUCGGCGCCAGAGUAACAAAUUACCUUCUCGAAAAGUCGCGAGUUGUUCAGCAGGUCUGACUUAACUGAUUAUGCUGCUUUCGCUUUUUGGCUAUUGAAACUGUUUAUGCUGCUUAAGUUAGCAUUUUAAAUCCUUGUGCUGUAAUCUAGAAUUCCCUUUGUUUACUUGUUUGUGUUCUAAGUUAAUUUGGGCACGUCUUUACUUCAGGCUGUUGGCGAACGAAAUUACCACGUAUUUUAUCAGCUUCUGAGUAGCCUCGACAGAGAGACGAAAGCGGCUCACAGGCUAACGAGUGUCGCGGACUAUGCCUACUUGCAGUAUGUGAGUUCCACGUAGCAGACGCAAGAUGAACUUUUGCUUUCAACUGGUUAACCGUUUCUCCAAAACGUUACGGCGCGGGAAACAAAAUAAUAAUGCUUUGUAGUUUUUAAGGAAAUUGAAAACCACAUGCGCUGACAGCUUCGGAAAACUCCUAUCUAUUUUAGCUCACAAAUGCUUGCUCCAAAUCAUUACUAGUCUCCUCACAGAUAACAGUUUGUUAAUUAAGUGACCGUAAUGACCUGUUUUCAUUUAUUUUACACGUUGGCGCGUGAACAAGAAAUUUUACAAGAAGUUGUUUCUGACUUCCUAAGGGCAAGGCAAGCAGAGUCGAGUCCCGGUCAGAUCCAGACGGUCUUCAUGUUCUUUUAAACUGCUGGUCAAAUCUCCGUUUCACUGGCGAUGAUAUGGAUCUCUGCCUUCGAAUAAUGUCUGGAAUUUUGCAUCUAGGAAAUAUUGAUUUUGGCGAAACAGAUGUAAGCAGCCUUUUUUGGACUUUGCAUGCAUUUUAUUGGGAAUUUUUGCCACCACAUUACAAUCAGCUAGGAACAUACUUUGGAACACUGACAUGUUAAUUUUUUUUCUCAUGUCACCAUUAAAAGCAAUGCUACUUUUUUAGGAAGCGAGCUUCAUUAAAAAUCCAGAACUUCUUGAAAUAAUUGCUUCAGAACUUGCCAUCGAUCCAGUUGUCUUGAAACUCAUUCUUACGACGAAAGUGACGGUAAGACGUGAAUAUAUCUUAUAUAUAUUUGGACUUUUCAAUGCCAAAGUUUGCCAGACAUCAUGCUCAAACUAUUCUUAAAGCGCUAUUCUACCAUUUAUUAGAUAAUUUUAUAUGUUUAGAGUUCUGCUACUCUAAUUCUGAACAAGAUACAGGUGUGACAAGUCUGCUGGCAAGGAAGCUAUCAGAUUAUCUUACAACAGUCGCCUUAAUGGCUCUGUCCAUAUACGUUUGCGUUUGCGUUCAACAUUUAGAAAAACAUUUUAGUGCAUAAAACAUGAGUAGCAUUUUUUUCAAAUUCUUAAACAAAAAGGAAAAAAGCCAAGAUUAUUUAAACGUGUUACCUGCACCUAAGUUGAUUUUGCUUAUAAACUCAUGGGUGAUGCAAUUAUGUUGUAUGUGCAAACGAGUAUAACUUUAUUAAUUGUCCGCUAUUUAGAAAUUUCCGUCCGAUUUAUCGCCCACACAUCAUCGAAAACUAUGCUUGUGUCAUUACUGAUUAAAAAAUAUGCAGCCGUAAGGCUAGCUUUUUAUUUCACCCGAUGUAAGCUGUCUAUCAUGCAUCGAUUUUUCUCCAAAAUCCAAUGUAUUCUUCUCCGCAAACGUGUUUCUGAAUAAUUAACACAACUUUAUUUGCCUGCCCUUGAAGGAAACUCAAAAAGAAACAGUAAGAAGUCCUGUAAAUAAGGUACAGGCUCGGGUUAACAGAGACUCCGUGGCCAAAUCCCUAUACUCCGAGUACUUUGAUCAGUUGGUGAAUGAACUGAAUUUGCGUCUGGCGCCCCGGAAUGCCGACAAUACGGAUGUCAAUCUUGGCCUGAGGACUAUUUCGCUCCUCGACAUUUACGGAUUUGAGGUUUGAUGCUUUGUAGCUUUUUAACUUCCUUAGAAAUUGACUGUGAACUUGGAGUACAUCAGUAUAUUUAAGGUCUAUAGGCUCACAUCUUAGUUUUCAUGUAUGAAUAUUUGGGCCGAGGUCCAUCAACCACAGCGGAUAACCGCGUAAUAUUCAUUAACUGCCAACAAGCAGGUAGUAGUAUACUUUAGGGUAAGGUGGUUCCAUAUUAACAGUACAGGUACUAGCCAAAAGCCCAUUCACGCAUGUUUCGCCGAUAUUCUGCCGCUGCAUGACACAUCUGCGAGGGGUUCGGCUCAUCAGUGGGUCCCCCAGCAUUUACUGUUCGCUUUCCGGUAGAUGCUUCAAUUUAGUGCCUGUGCUGUUAGUAUGGAAUCGCCCAACCCUAAAGUUUGAGGCUUUGUCGAAUUACUUGCAUAGGCCUGAUAGACUGUCAGUAUUGUGUUCGUGGAUGGGCAAACGCCCCCAAAGGAGGAUUUAAUUUAACUUCGCAAAUGCCAGUACACAACCUAAACCAGUCUCCCAUCAACUCAGACCAAAAGAGAAAAGUAGAUAGGUUUUACUUCACUUUCAAACUAAUCUGCGAAUUUCCCCAGGGGCAGCCAAAUUGUCUUUACCUUUAUAUUUUCCAUCUUUCCAGCAUCAUUAUUUCUCACUCUUCUUACCUAAUCUCUGGAACUUCAGCUCCUACACCCAAAGUUUGGGAUUCUGUUUAUUUGUAUCCGAAUACUUCCUCAUGCUGCUCACUCCUCUUCCAACUCCCGGUUUUAAGUAAUUUAGUAUGCACGAUUUCCCCUUCCACAGUUUUCCCUAAUCUUUCAUCAUCGUCAUCAUCACCAUUAUUACCACCACCACCACCACCACCACCACCACCACCACCACCACCACCACCACCACCACCACCACCACCGUCUCCUUUUUUCCUUAGUCCCUCCUCCCCACUCUCGCUUACUCACUAGACUUUCUAAUAUUUUUCCCCAAGAGCGGAUUUGCGUUGGUAGUAGGUCGUCUCGGAGGGAACCUUACUUGAUCUACUAUUUUGCACCUCAAGCCAGUCAUACUGAACUGCUUUUCGCUAAUUCUUCAGUUACGCAUGACGCAGGAGGUGCACGCAUAUAGAUCGAUAUGUUUAAUACUUUAUCAUAUCUCAGCACUUUUUCUUCACCGAUUUAAUAUUAACCGACCGACAACAAUUACUCUUCGGGUCAGAAAAAAGUCCAAUUGUCAGAAGACUUUGGUCAUUCAUAAGAGAUUAAGGUUCAAAGAUGGGAGUAGCUGAUUUAUUAAUUAACGCUAUGGUUGGGAUUAGCGAGCGUGAGUAAACAAGUUGACGUCACUUUUCCUUAUUUCUUAUCGACCAUAGAUUCAGUUUCAUUUAAAAAGGAGCGCUAACGCACUAUAGGUAAUCCUCAGAUCAGGCCAGGUCUCAUCACGUGACCGCUAUGAUCUGAGCCAUUACAUGCUUGUGAAUAUUUUCACUUGGUUACGCAGCUUGACUUUUGUGAGGCGCCCACCAUCAAAUACAUCUUCAUUCUGAAAGUGAGCCCGGAAUGGAAGUAGUAAGGACAUCCCUGUUAUAAGCAUCAUCAGUUGUGUAUGCAAAAUGUUACAUUAUAGCUCAGACAUAGUUUAAACUAUAGCAGGGCACGACUAUGAAACCCUGGCCCUCUGUGCGUCUGAAGUCAGUGUUACUUUUGUUCUGCUGACUGAGUGGCGUGCUUCAGCCUCUUAGUACUCUCUGUAAGUGCUUGCUAUCCGCCGUCCUUGACCGCGCCGCAGAGCGCAGUAAAUUCAAAAUGCAGGGGCCAUAGGUCGAGAGGCCAGACUGACUCGCCGAUGUCCACUCUACAACCAAACUAACCGGGUAUUUGUGGUCGGACGUACAGAAUAGCUUUUCGAUCUUACAAAAAAGACUUUUAUGCACUCUAUAGUUAGACGGUGUGUGUGUGUGUGGGUGUGUGUGUGUGUCUGACGCGCACUCAGCGACAAGGUGUUUGGCUCUGUGGUCGUCUGUGGAAGGAGUCGGAGUGUCAGGCCCAAAUGCAGCAUUCGUGCGUGUCCGAGAAGGCAAUGACUCUGUUUUGUCUGGUUCUACUUUUAUGGUUCUAAACGAAAAGUUUUAGUAAUUUCAAAACUGCGAUGGAGAGUGCGGUUUAUUUGAUAAUGACCAAGUUUGAGCUCAGCAAGUUAUUUGAAGUAAUGUUUCCCUGGCAGGUGGGUAGUCCGAUACCAGGCAAUACGUAUGCUUAAAAUAGUAUAUUUUCAUCAUAGCUUCCAUUAUGAAAUAGAAAGUUAUGUUUAUGAUUUCCUGGGAAUACAGUAGUGGGCAGUCGAACGCUUGGCUCUAUACAUUGAGAAAACGGAAAAAAUGCUGGUGCCAUAAAACGACACUUGUUAUGAUAAAGAUUUUGUACGCUAGUUGACUGCGACGGUGCUGUGUUUGAAUUGACACACCGUAUGUACUUUCUGCUGUGACUCUUGUCCCCAGGAAGUACUUCUGCUAGUGGAAAUACGAUUUCAUGAAUAUAAUAGCAACUUUAUAAAAGGACAAUCUUACUGCCCACUGUAGAAAAGACGUUCGUCCAUCUGGCUACAUCUCGGAAAUUGUCGGUCUAGUUGCGCAUUGGAGCCCCAUCUAGGAUUCUCGCAGGCACUUGCAUAGCAAAGAACAAUGAUGCAGUCCGAAAUGUGGCUGAAUGAUGAUGGCCAAUAAGCUAGACGUCGGCAUUCCAAGUUCCACUGUUUUUACCGUUUUUGCCCUGCAGCCUUAUCUCCUAUCCGCAUUUCAGUGUCAUUACAUGAGGGUAUUUCUCGUCGUUCCAACAGCACCACUUCUGCUUUGGAUUUGCCAAGAACUUUUCUUAGCAUUAGUUGCCUAAAUGAAACUGCAGGCUGUCUAUACCCACUUUGCCAGUCUUAAGCCUAUUUUAAGUAGUGGUUGAAGAAGAGGGACGUUCAGCUGCUUAGAGGUCAUACAUAUAUAUAUAUAUAUAUAUAUAUACGUCCGUUCAGUUAUGAUUAAAUGUGAUAUAAUGACUUCAGUCUGCUUCUUGUUGAGCAAAAUGUACCCCAUCACUGGGUAAUUUGACCAACGUGUAAGUUGACUUACCCAUGAGUAGAUGUUGAGUUCACCACCCAAUGCAGCACUUUGUUAGGGCUAACAUUGGCCAGUUGGGGGCAAUACUUUUUUCAUCCGACUAGCAGUGAGUGCUAUGAAUUGAAAUAUCGAUGAACCGCCGUCUCAUCUCUCACGAAUCGAAGGUGGCUUUAGCGAACUGGUGCCAUAGUCGAGUAUAACGAAGACUGGACGUCGAGCAGCAGAUCGGACUGAGAUUAUGCUUUCCGUCUGGCUGUAUUUGCGCAGGAUCAUACUUAUCAUACCCUCCUCGAAGUUUACUUUAGGACGACUCGACAAAAUUUUCAACAACUUCCGAAUGAUCGACUUUCAACGCAGCAGAUCGGUGUUUAUUUCUAUUAACUGUAACACAUGUAUGUAAUACACUUAAUAAACCAGACUCAGAAACUUUGAAACUCAGCCUGCCAGAAAAUUUUGUAGGAUGUAAUUUGAUCGCCGAAAUUCGCAACGCGUGUUCUGAUCCCGAACUGUCGUAGUUAGACUUGGUGACUGUGCGAAUUAUUCGAUAUACCCUGCCAUCUGGUCGGUCGAUUUUCGGUCUAAGCGACUGGUUAAAACGUCAGAGGUGGAGAUUCUACUACCGACUAUGAAACCCCAAUGGUAGUACAGUGGAGUGAGUUGGAGAAAGAGAUCACACUAGAAUGUCUUUCAUUAUCAGUCUACCUGCUGAACCGUUUAGACACUCUGGAAUCAGCGGAGCAGAUGGACGGAAAUGACGAAAUCUUUCGUACUAAAACUGAUCAACAGAUUCAUGACCUGCCGUGGUUCCAUGUCUCACGUACCUUCUUUGCUUAGCCUGGUGUAUGCUUCACCACAUAAUAAGAAGCAAACUCCUGGUAGAUAGCGAUUAGUAUCAUGUAUGCGACGAACAAAUACCACAUCAUGCACACUUCCUGUCUCUCAGAUUCGGCUUAGCCUAGUUAUGCCGCUCUCCCCUUCCCUUGAUGGCGAAGGUGUGUUCGACCGCUCUGUAGACUUCCGAUUUGACUGGUUUACGUGAGUGCUAAAUGUAUGUUGGCGAGAAGUAUGUUUACAAAUUAUACUAGCCUGACCACCCAGAUAGGUGACAGCUCAUCUACCUCGAACUCGCCGGUCUACCCAAUCAGCUUACAGUAGGGCUGCAUGUAGUCGGUGAGCAAGUUGAAAUUAUCUUAUUAACAGUCCUUACCACCAGACCUUUCUUUUUACUCGGUUCCAUCAUCAAGAAGAGGCAAAUUAGACGAAAAAGAGUAUUCCUAGAGUGAGCAAUGUAGUAUCCCGUGAAAGUACGUUGAAGAUGAGUAGUUCUUUCUGCGGUUCUUUUAAUUAGUUAACGUGACUUGAUAUUGCACGAAUGAUGGUUCUUUGUGAAGUUAAGGACUCCAUUACUCAAGUGUCUUUUUAUACCGCCUGAAACUGUUGAUCAAUUGACCUCUACUACAGUUGCAACUUUCUGUUGUAACAUCUUACAGGGAAAACANUGGGCUUUUAGCAAGUAUCUAGGUCGGGAGUACGGUAUAAUACCUUUACCAUAUGAAAUUCAUACUACUCGUAGUACUACUUGUUUGUAGAAUGGGCAUUACGUGGUUAUUCCACAGUAGUUGAUUGUCUUCGACUCAAAUGUUCAUUGAAAUUUCGGUUCUGACCCUAAAAAGUCAUGUCCCGGAGAUUUAACUCCAAGUUCUGCACUGAUUAAUUUCCGAAAUUAUUCACCUGAUUAUUCUCUGGAGUUCAUAUACCAGAAACCGCUAGAGAACGCUGGGGGUCCCACUGAAGAGCCGAACCCCUCGCAGCUGUGUCACGCAGCGGCAGAAUAUCGGCGAAACACGUGUCUGGGCUUUUAGCAAGUAUCUAGGUCGGGAGUACGGUAUAAUACCUUUACCAUAUGAAAUUCAUACUACUCGUAGUACUACUUGUUUGUAGAAUGGGCAUUACGUGGUUAUUCCACAGUAGUUGAUUGUCUUCGACUCAAAUGUUCAUUGAAAUUUCGGUUCUGACCCUAAAAAGUCAUGUCCCGGAGAUUUAACUCCAAGUUCUGCACUGAUUAAUUUCCCAAAUUAUUCACCUGAUAUAUAUAUAUAUAUAUAUAUAUAUAUAUAUAUACGUCCGUUCAGUUAUGAUUAAAUGUGAUAUAAUGACUUCAAUCUACUUCUUGUUGAGCAAAAUGUACCCGAUCGCUGGGUAAUUUGACCAACGUGUAAGUUGACUUACCCAUGAGUAGAUGUUGAGUUCACCACCCAAUGCAACACUUUGUUAGGGCUAACAUUGGCCAGUUGGGGGCAAUACUUUUUUCAUCCGACUAGCAGUGAGUGCUAUGAAUUGAAAUAUCGAUGAACCGCCGUCUCAUCUCUCACGAAUCGAAGGUGGCUUUAGCGAACUGGUGCCAUAAUCGAGUAUAACGAAGACUGGACGUCGAGCAGCAGAUCGGACUGAGAUUAUGCUUUCCGUCUGGCUGUAUUUGCGCAGGAUCAUACUUAUCAUACCCUCCUCGAAGUUUACUUUAGGACGAGUCGACAAAAUUUUCAACAACUUCCGAAUGAUCGACUUUCAACGCAGCAGAUCGGUGUUUAUUUCUAUUAACUGUAACACAUGUAUGUAAUACACUUAAUAAACCAGACUCAGAAACUUUGAAACUCAGCCUGCAAGAAAAUUUUGUAGGAUGUAAUUUGAUCGCCGAAAUCCGCAACGCGUGUUCUGAUCCCGAACUGUCGUAGUUAGACUUGGUGACUGUGCGAAUUAUUCGAUAUACCCUGCCAUCUGGUCGGUCGAUUUUCGGUCUAAGCGACUGGUUAAAACGUCAGAGGGGGAGAUUCUACUACCGACUAUGAAACCCCAAUGGUAGUACAGUGGAGUGAGUUGGAGAAAGAGAUCACACUAGAAUGUCUUUCAUUAUCAGUCUACCUGCUGAACCGUUUAGACACUCUGGAAUCAGCUGAGCAGAUGGACGGAAAUGACGAAAUCUUUCGUACUAAAACUGAUCAACAGAUUCAUGACCUGCCGUGGUUCCAUGUCUCACGUACCUUCUUUGCUUAGCCUGGUGUAUGCUUCACCACAUAAUAAGAAGCAAAUUCCUGGUAGAUAGCGAUUAGUAUCAUGUAUGCGACGAACAAAUACCACAUCAUGCACACUUCCCGUCUCUCAGCUUCGGCUUAGCCUAGUUAUGCCGCUCUCCCCUUCCCCUGAUGGCGAAGGUGAGUUCGACCGCUCUGUAGACUUCCGAUUUGACUGGUUUACGUGAGUGCUAAAUGUAUGUUGGCGAGAAGUAUGUUUACAAAUUAUACUAGCCUGACCACCCAGAUAGGUGACAGCUCAUCUACCUCGAACUCGCCGGUCUACCCAAACAGCUUACAGUAGGGCUGCAUGUCGUCGGUGAGCAAGUUGAAAUUAUCUAAUUAACAGUCCUUACCACCAGACCUUUCUUUUUACUCGGUUCCAUCAUUAAGAAGAGGCAAAUUAGACGAAAAAGAGUAUUCCUAGAGUGAGCAAUGUAGUAUCCCGUGAAAGUACGUUGAAGAUGAGUAGUUCCUUCUGCGGUUCUUUUAAUUAGUUAACGUGACUUGAUAUUGCACGAAUGAUGGUUCUUUGUGAAGUUAAGGACUCCAUUACUCAAGUGUCUUUUUAUACCACCUGAAACUGUUGAUCAAUUGACCUCUACUACAGUUGCAACUUUCUGUUGUAACAUCUUACAGGGAAAACAUUGGCGUGCCAGUCUUUGGCUCAUUUUGCUUGAUUUAUUUCUUCCUUUAUGCAAUACAAGUAGACUGGAAUAAGUAACUUCACGGGUUUAUACUGUUCUGGUGGCUACUUUGAACAUAUGUGCGUGGCCUCUCCAACACCAAUACCGACCUUUCCACCCUAUCUUCUACAGUUACCUGCUGCGUAAAUCCGUUUAUCUGUCGUUAUAGGACAGGCCGAUUUAGUUAACUUAUCUAAAGCCUGUAGCACAGUGUCGCGCUGACUUCUUCGGCUCGCCGCGGACUUAACGGAAAAAAUUCUUAUCGCGGUCCACUCAUUAGGAUUCCAAAACCAACAACCCACGUCAAGCCUCUCACCCCUUGGAACCUGGAGUAUUCACCAGCCCAAGGGGCUGCAACCACGCACGUUCCAAUUGGCUACCCGCUGGCCGGGGUGUCCAUGACCUUUCACAGCGUCCAACGCUACUUAUUCACUACCACUCCUGGUCCGCUUUAAUGAGCGGAAUUGUUUCAAAUAAUUAAACUCUGGAUUUGUGUCAGGGCUCGCAGUUUACGGUGCAUGGAUCCAAGAUAUUAGCCAUGCGUCAGUGAAUCAUACAAACUUUCUAGAUCAAGGGACCAGUCUAACCGAAGAAACUGCACGGAUUCAUUCGGGAAACCUGGUCUUAUGCCCUCACUGCGCGCUUAUUAGCUCUCUAACAGUUAUGGCUGGAACAUGAUCAACGUGGAUCGAGGUAUUUUGGAAAACAUAAUUUCCAUCAGGUUUUAAGUUACGUGCUAUUUUCUUAGGCUAGUUGAGUCACAUCGACGAACAUCUUCUAAUAAGCUCAAAAACCGCAGAUUUUAUCGUGAGAUGUUAAUCUGCACUGUCAACUGACCUCCGAUCUCGGCUACCCUGAUUAAACAUUUAACCAGUCUGCCUGUAAUGAAAGUGCCUGGGUGUGCAAAACUAUCAGAUUGUUGUCACCAUGGAAUUGGAAAUCACCGUGUAUACCUGAAGUCCUGACCUACCCUAACACUACUGUUCGUCCCGACUAGACCAAAGUACUGCUUUUCUCUAUAUGCAGGUGUUUGAAUUGUGGUACAGACCCGACAAUGGACGAAACCAACUUUUAACCAUGCAAUUUGUUUUAUAGACGAACUAUUUUUGAAAACUCUUCGGGAAAUAUCGGUACUAUCGCAUUAUUUCUGACACCCCGAAUUGUACAGCCGUUUAUAUACGAUAUUUUGCAAAUGUGCUGACGGUUACCAUCCCUGCACAGGAAAUUAAGCAGCAUUUUCCCCAUAAACGUGUCUUAUUUCCUCUUCAAUUUCAAGUCGCAAAGGUGCGUGUGUGUGGAGCCAACUGAGCGUAAGUUUUUUCUUUGUUCUUCCUCUCUGCUACGCGCGUGUUCUAGCACAAUCACACCCAGUAACUUCAAAAAGGCCCUUAACUAUUUUCUGUUUCUAUCUCGUAUACUCGGACACUGCGCUCCUAAGAAAACCCUUUUAGCACUCCACGAGCGCCAGAAUAACUGUUAAAAUGUUUCCCUUUUACUUCAAAUUAGAAUCUACCGAACAACUCGCUGGAACAACUCUGUAUAAACUACGCCAACGAAAAUCUUCAGCUCUUUUUCAACCGCUACGUCUUUGAGCUCGAGCAAGCUGAAUAUAAUCAGGAGGGCGUCAGUUGGGCCUACAUCAAGUUCCCAGACAAUAGGGACAUCAUAAACCUCCUUACUGCGCGUCCCGAUGGCAUCAUCCAUAUCCUCAAUGACGAGGCCUAUCUCGGACAGGUAAAUGUCGGCUAAUACUGUUAACUGUUACGAAAAGUACUGUGGGCUUAUUGAAGAAGUCUUUUGCUACACCUGUUUUUCAGCUCGCAAAAUUCAGGUACAGGAAAAGUUUCAGUAGAAAGUUUUGGCAGGCUGUGGUUCUUCAUAGGAGCUUGAUGAUGGGGCCUCAUCUAACACCCUUUAUGAAGAGGGAACUUUGUCACUCAGCGAUCCUAUCUUACGAGGAAGUUCGAUUUCGAGAACAGCGCAGUCAGUAAAACAGUAGAUCAAACGCGGACCUUUCUGAUUAUUUAGGCGCAUACAUUCGACUAGAGCCUGACUGCAUGGAAUAUUUAGUAAACUCUGAUGACUCGGUCCACGUUGAACUAAAACGCUUUAAGCCGAUUAAGUGGCUGACUCAAUCAUUCAGAUUAACAGCGGAGAACCACUGAUUACUGGUCUAUUUCGCAUCUAAAUCCUUUCUUCCUCCUCGUUUUUGCGAUGUUCCCUGGUGAACCCUGUAUAUUCCUCCCUUAGUAGCCUCGUUCUCGUAUCAAACAUGCGAGUGCGAACAUUAAUACGUCCGUUUUCUCCGUCAGCUGGUGAUAUCUGGGGUUGGGCUGUUGUCUUCUGACCUGGACCAGUAGCACCACUUUUCCAGCUAGCGUUUUGUGUGCUAGCGAGCCACCCGAAUGCACGACCACGCCGACCGACGAUCGCUUGCGCCAAUGGACAAACAGUAAAUUGCUGAUGGACACCAAAGCUGCUAACUUUGUUCCCACCAUGCGUCCCCUAUCGUAAAAGGUACUUUCUUAACUGGCCUUUGUCAUCAGAAUGUUGCGCAAAAUUUCCUUUCGCCACCACCACCAUCGGGAUCUAAAUCGCGUGUUUAUUCAGCCCUGUACACUGCCAGAGUGGUUGAAAGUCUGCGUAGAACACUUUUCGUUCGAAAUAUCAGUCUAUCCCUUCAGACUCGUCUUGCUAAAUUCUGCCUUAGGACAAUCACCUGCCUAAUUAAUCGAGGUAGCGACCGCAAUAAGCGGAGCGAAUUCGAGGUAAUUCAUACGAUAUUGUUUAAGAUUUGACUAAAAAACGGACGGAUCCAAUUAACCAACUGCCCAUUUAAGCGGAGCUCCAGUAUUCUAAUCCAUAAAUUUGAUGAAAUCAGCUUAGUUUUGAAUUCCUGCUUGGUUGUUGAUCAUCGCAGAGAUCAGAUUUCCUUAACCCAUACGUAGACGUUGAUCGAGAGCUUUUCUUGGAGAUGGACGCUUUUGUGUCGAUGCAUCUGUCCUGUCUGUUUGAUAAGGCGACGAGAGAGGGGAGAGAGAGAGGAGUGAGGAAGGAUGAGUCUGGUUUUGGAACACCUUCAAUACUUUUCAGCAAAACGUUUCUUUGUGGCUGCAAAGAUAUGCUUUUAUAAGUUCGAUUUAGCACGACGUUAAAUAGACGAGGGGAUGGUUUAAAGAUAUGAAUCUGAGCAUAAACAAGCCGCUUAGUGCAAUUGCUAGUCGAUUUACUGAAUGGACUAAUUCACUCCCUAUCGCUCCAGCUGUGGAUGAAAAUGGUCUCAGCCAUGCCUAAGAUCACGUUGGAAAGCAAGGUCUUUCUAGGCUUUCGGUCAUAUGUUUUCGAUCUUGGUUGUAUUUCAUCUCUGCCUAUAGUUCGACUUCAACUUCCUGAACGCAUGUUUCAUGGUCGAAUGUUAACAUCGAUUCCACCAGAUCUGCAGCUAGUCGCCCUUAUUGGCAUUUCACUUGCUUCUUGACAUUCCGCGCUUAGCUCCAAGCUCCAGGCGUUGUCUGCACGCAUGACCGCUGUUAUCCGCAAACGUCAUUACCAUCUUCGGUUAGUUAAUGACUCAGAAACACCCAAGACAUGAGAUCGUGCCAAGUUUGUCACUGAGUGCACGAAAACGUGGGCUGUGUUCACUUCGCUUCUUGUGCUAGCAUAAGCCUAUCACAGACACCAGCGCCCGCUAUUUCUGCUAGGUCUCGCAAUUACUGUUGCUGCUGCAAUCGACAGCAGCCAGGUAAGUGCGAACCUGGCGUGUGCGCAUGUAUGCUUUGACAGGGCUAAUCAUCAAUCGAUUGGGGCGCAAGGACGCACUUAGGCGCGAGCACACGUAGGCGUUCACUGCUCUCCAUAUGCCGGCGAGCUUGCCCCCCCCCCCCCCACCACUCUUGCGCAUGCUGCUAUUAAUGCUACCAUUGAGCCGAUGAUGUCAAGGCCCAUCCUGCCAACGCCGAACCCACCUACUUAUGACUCGUUCAGUGGGGGUGUGUGUGUGUACACUACAAACCGCCGUGAAGUCACCUGCACCGGUGCACAAUCUUGACACUCGAAAACUGGGUUACUCGGGUUAAUUUGUGCUGGGUCGUGCAAAGCAAGCAGCCUAUAUCAACGGAUUUUCGUCACCGAGCAAACAGGUCAUUCCCAAAAUAAUACCUGGACGUCCAGUACUUGCCCUAUGGAGUUCAUAUUAACCUGUAUUGCUAUGACUUCUUAUUAGGAACCGGACUACACCUGUAACUCCUGACAUCACUGUAUUGUGUCACGCCCAUUAUAUGGUCAAAUACCUUUCGGCACUACUUUUGUAGGCCUUCUGCCGUGGUUUGCGCAGGUGACUUUCCGAAUCACUCUUAGUAUAGUUAUAAGAAGGGUUUCAAAAGCUGUACAUGUAGGCUCUAGGUCAGCACUUAGUACGAGGCAGUCGCAUCUUAACGAAGACUCCUCCAGCAUAACACCACUGCUCAGAGUACCUUUAUCUUUAUACCGCCUUCUCUGCUAGGCGAAGGCCGAUUCUGAUGACCUGACCUGAGCACGCCAGUUACUUCUUAUGCGAGAUCGGCAAAGUAGAUGUGCAAUUUGAAUUUUAUGCUUUUUCAAAAAGUGCUAAGACGAUUCACCAUGAAAGUACUAACAAACCGAAAAAUGAAGUCACUUGCAAAGUUUUAAACGCAGGGUCUCAGUAAGCGUCAGGGCUCUUAAGCGGUGUCAGCUGUUAUAUUCGGCUUCAAUGAUUUGAUGCAUCCGACCCCGAGUCCAGUAACCUACGUACGUAUGUCGAAAUAUUCGGUCGGAUGUAUGAUCUGUAUGCAUUCUGCGGUCUCAGUUGCUGUACGACUGCAUAUAUAGGGUUUCACUCUGUUCAGUUCUGCUUAGAGAUUUUACUAGUGUUUAGGCCCAUGAAGAACACGGCUUGGGCAAGAGGAGUAAACCAAAUUCGUCAGUUACAACAUGCCUGCGUGAAUAAAUGCAUUUUAGGGGCUAUCGUGAUUCCCCUUCCACUUACUGAAUUCUAAAAGUCUUAACCCGUAAACGAACUCGAGUCGUAACAAUCGAUAAAUUUGCCGACAGAGGCAGGGGAGAAAAGGGUAACAGUGCUGGUGGAGGGGCGCUCACCGAUCGUUCUUACGGAACUCAGUCGUUCCGUUGUGUCUUAGGGGCUCUCUCUCGUGCCCAACUGGCAGCCGCACAGCAGCGCAUGAUAUGCGCAGAAUGGUAUUACCGACCUCCCUUGUCUUUGUCGGUAAUACCAUUCUGCCGGUAACAGUGCUGUCUGCUGACAAGGGGGGAGCAACCACAGUGAUGGACCGCAAUGACUGCAGCAAGAGGGCAUAAACCCACCUGCAUUUCCUUCUCUCGUCGGAGGCCAACUAGAUGAUCAGUCAGAUAGUCAGACUGCCGAACCAGUUUAGGUGCAAAAUUGUCAAUCUCGCUAGACGAAUGACCGCGGAUAAAUUCGAAUGACACAACACUGAUUAGGUUCCAUGGGUUACUCGAGGUCCCCCUUCCUCCAAUAGUUGUCCUGAGAGGCAGUCCUAUUUUCAGUCACAUCGUUUACAAUGGGAAUUUGCAAGCCUCCGCCCCCACUGACCAGCAUCCCUACAAGCCUACGCCUCCCUCAUAGGCGAAAAAUAUAAUCGGCCAGCUAACCAGACUUCUAGAAGGAUUCAAGUACAAAAGGUGAUUUCGCUAAACGAAUGGAGGCAGACGAAACCAUCUGACACAGCACUGGUCAGAUCCGAUGGAUUACCGAAAAUCUGCGGACUCAGCGUGUACUUGUGGCUACUCGCCGCUCCGAGAAGGAGCCCGACUUACAUAUCAGCCGAAAAUAAAAACUUUUGGGAAAACUCAAGGACGCACAUUAAUAUGUCCUCCCAGUUCAUCUUCGAUGUCCGUGGGAAAAUUGUCCAACCUCACUUGGCUGAAGUAUCUUUCGACGUGUUUUCACUAUUAAUAUCCUCACCAUCGGACCAGAUGUGCGCUGUUCUACGCAGACGGUUUACUAAAACGAGUACAGGGACUCCAGUGUCUUCUGGAUCGAUGGACAAGGAACGGCUAUGCAGAAAAUGACCUCAGACACUGCCUUUGUUCACACCGAAAGAGGACAGGUGGGAAGGAGCCACUAAUGCCUUGACACCUGCCAUAUAUGACAGUGCGAUCAUCACAUGCAAGGUUGUCCACUGUGUGCCCCCUUCGUGGCGGGCGCAGGACGUACGUGAGCUAGUUUCUGGUGAUAGCAGACUUAUGCGGCAUCUGUCGCCCUCUGUCCUCCCCCACCCGCCUGGGCCCAUUGGCAGGACAGGGUUAGGACGACCGGCAGACUCGCGUACAGUGGCAAACAAAGUUAAACAAUCCGCCUACGCUUGGCACGCAUGACAUGUUCCCCGCACAAUGCACCAAGUAUUCACAAAAGAAAGUAGCAGCUCGGAUCUCACGUGCGUGAGGGUGUCAUAAAGACCGCAGUAAGAAGGAGCCAUUGAGCUAGACUCUGAAGCUUUAGGUCAAUCGCUCCGACAGUUCGACCGUCGAUUUCGACGAUGUCCGUCGUGUGCCCCACAUGCGGGUGAGAGCAGGAACGGUGACUUGCGCGUGAACUAAUUCAUAGUGGUGGUAGAUUCGCGCUGCAUCUACCCCACUCCUUCCUCCCUCCUCACUUGGAUCUGAUGUCAAGACGGAGUCAAGAAGACCGGAGGCGGGAGAGGGCGCAGGUAGCUGGCACGGCGAAAACCCUCGUCUGGGCGUGUCACUACACCCCCUGGUGCAUAGCUUACAGUUAUCAGGGUUUUACACAGUAGCGAAAAUGAGAGGCGGUUCGGGUCCCGCUAGAUGGGAGUGCCAUAGAGGCCACAUUACGAAAGAGCCAUUGCAAUCUUACUCUCAAUCCGCCAGUUGGCCACUCCACACAAACAAACACUGGGCAGAUCGCGAGGCCCGAGUUGUCCCAUCAGUUGGCAACCUUCCGCGCCACGGCUUUUGGCGCACUGUGAGAGAUUCAAGCGCGUCAGAUUGUUUCUAUGCGAUGGGACCGUCAACCUCACUCUCUCUUCCCACUCGCAGGCAUCAGUCCACUGUCCGAGUCAGUCAGAUGUCUGAUACCGGAAGUAGGCGCCGUUGCUGACAAAGUUAGAGAGUUCAUCUACGCAUGCCGCACACAUGACUUGGCCCCCUAUAUGCACACACCAAGACUUCACACAUAAGUGGUAGAACGCUCAGAUCUCACUUUCAGCGGAAGAGCCACAUGGGAAAAUGAUCCGAAAAGCACAUUUUCCACUUACGCGAGAGGUGCCGGUGAUGUGGGGUGUUUGAGGUGCUGUGCGUGGUGCACGCGUUUAUGGGGAAAUGUGUUGUUAUGUGAUCAUGUCGUGGUGAUUUACCGCAGGCUUUCAUUCAUGCGCAUGUGUCUGAAUAAACCCAUGCGAUGGCUGAAUGCGCGAGAGCAGUGUGGACAAUUAAGGCGAUGGCGUCUGGUGUACGUCGGUGUUCCAGGCACUGGUUCGCCCGUCUCUGUGCGAUGAACUCGCACAUGACCGACCAGGACGAUUGUCGCUUACACGAGGUCCUAGGAAACUUGUAUUAGACGCCACAUCUCACUCGGCCAGGACCCCCGUACUUGUAGACUGCGUCGGAUCCCGGAGUUUUGCCACUGAAGAGUUGAUGCACUGCUCGGAUCACGUCUGGGAGCGAAGGCGGGAGAUCCAGAUCGUUGUGCGUUUUCGCUUGAGGAAGUAGGCCGGUGGCAACGUCGUCGCAGCGCUUCGGAAUCUGUGAUAUCUCCGCCAGAGGCAUUGUCCUAUCGGAGUCGAGAAGCAAAGCUGUUCCUUUAGCUUGGGAACCGAAGACCACCUUGAGUGCUGCAAAGAAGUUAUUUGUUUCAUUGCGGCCGGCAUAUGUCUGAAUUUCCUCACCCUUGCUAUCGUCCUGCACCUCCCUCAGUUGCAGAUGCACGAGACAGCGAUAGCGGAAGAAGACCGCCUUGUUGGCGUCCGUCCGGUGGUUCAUGUAGGCCUUAUUCAUCUUGUGUUUCUUAACGAUCUGUUGUCUGAUAUCCGCGUCACUGUCGUCGAACCAGUCCUAAUGCUGACGAAGUGCGCGUCCGGGGACGUCCAAGGCAGUCUUUGGAUGGGAUCCAACAGUUGACACCACCGAGUCUUCAUGGUGAUGUUGUCAUACGGGGCUGACAGUCCCCCCAGGUGCUGAGCUAGUUGAUUGCUGAAAUGCAGCAUUUAAUUUGCCUGCUGGUGGUUUACCUUUUAGUCCCCUGCGUGGUUGCUGAUGGAACCUCAUCUUGAAGAUGACAAGGCGGUGAUCUGUCCAGCCGUUGGCAUCACAGAUAGCCUUGGUCGCAGACGACGACAGUUCGACUGUCGAUUUCGACGAUGUUCAGCGUGUGCUUCAAAUCAUAGUGAUAACAGAGACGGUGCUCAACAUCUACCGCACUCUCUCCCCCUCCCCUCACUUGACUCGGUGUCAAGAAAGAGUCAAGAAGACCGGAGGCGGGAGAGGCCACAGGUGGCCGGCACUGCGAAAACCCACACCUAGGCGUACCACCACACACCGAGGUCCAGAACAGACAUUGACUAGGAUUUUAUAUCACAAAGUAAUCGUGCAGGGAUCCCAAGAGCAGAGCCUUGGUGUCACCACAAUAGACGAAUUAUCUCCACCAUCAGAAGGAACCGAACCCAUUGCCGAAAAGUUUAAAAUAGGUGUCGUCCAUCGUUCGGCAGCUACCGUGCGUAUCAGGGCCAUGAAGAUAAAAAACAAAUUGGACGCAAGUUAGCAACCUGCAACGCAUAUCCUUGCCAUUACACAGGCAGGACAGCAUAAUGACUCAGCUCACUAGCAGCAUGCAGAAACAGGUCGUCGAAAGAAUGGAUGCGCAUUCCAAGUUGUUACCCAGACCCUGAGUAAAGACCUCAAAGCAGACUUCACAGAUACCUGGAUAUCUGCCUGGACUCCAAACAAGGCAGAGCGGGAGAUGUUGGAGGCCUGGGUCUCGGGCUCGAAGUCAAUAAACAGACACACGACCAAAUGGCGCGAACCAGUUUCAACCGAGGGCCGGCGCGAUUGACGCGUGGUAAAAACCUAUAACGUGCUGCUCAGUUUUUACUGGCAUUGCUUUGUCUCUGAGGUUGGGCCUCUGUGGGGUCCAAAAGCUUAAAUGAAUGCGGGUAUUGUUCCGAUGAUCACAUGCUCUUGUUCUUCUUAGGAACAAACUCAACUGUAAUGCUGACUUUCGGUUUAGUGACAAACGAUACUUCCACGGGUUUCGAGCCUGUUUUCACUUAAACACCCAGACCGGUCUUAUUUUGCUCUUAAUGGUUUUAUCCAUGAUUCAACUUAUGUCAGAAGUCUGAAAAACAAGGACGUAAUACGCAGCCUUCCUCCUUGACACUUGAUAACUUCGAAACAUUUUAAUUACUCGUGCGACUAAUGCAUUUUUGAUGAUGAAAUUUCAAAAAUGUGAAAGUAAGCAUAUGUGAGAAGAUGGUUUCCGUUCGAAAAUGCUUUUUCGAGUCAAAAAUACAGGGUUCAGGAACGUCCCUUCUGCAACAGAGGAUCUCCACAGCUGAUACAGAAUGAGGAAGGCUGAAAGAGGACAAACUAACUUGAAUCAUGGAGCUUGACUUACUUGGUAAAGUCAUCUCCGCAUGCCGAAAGUCCUGCAAAGCUGUCUACUAGGCUAUAAUUUCCUGCCUGCUGUAAUGUAUUUUAUGACCUUUAUAUACAACGGUAUUUUUUAUUGUAAUUCCUCCACCGCGUUGUUGACUUCUCCGUUUGUCUCUUUUAUUCCUACCGAAUAUUAGCCUUCUGCUUGUCUUGUAGGGAAAGGACUCUUCCUUCAUUCACAAAUGUCAUCAAGCACACAAAAACAACCCCCAUUAUGGAAUUCCGAAAAUUUCCAGCAAUUCAGAAUUUCUGAUCGUUCAUUUUGCGGGAACUAUUCCGUAUUCUGUGAGUAAGCCUUUCUCAUUAUUCUCAAAGGUGAUACUUAUCGUCCAACAUUUUACGUUAUUUUUCAUGACUACUUUGUGCCACGGACUCUUGCAGGUUGAUGGGUUGGUGGAGAAAAAUCGGGAUCGAAUGCGCCCGGAGGCGCUGUCCAUGCUGUGCAACAGUGGAAUUGAAGGCAUCUCCUUCAUGUUCAGGCGUAUGUCGGAGAUAAAAAGGAGUAACCAGCCAGGUGCCAAGGGACGCUCACCGACGCUCCUUGAUAGCUUCCAUUCUUCCUUGCAGUCCCUCAUGGAGACAAUGAAGACGUAAGUCUGCUGGAGGUCAAAUAAGACUGAAUAACUUGCAGGACACAAAAACAACAAAAUCAAAACAGGGUCAGCAGAUAUCUCGGCAAUAAUAUUUUUUGGCGCAGCAAACCGUCAAUCCGCAUGUUAUGUAUUUAAGGAUUUCAGUCUCCAGACAGGCGAUCCGGGAGUCGUCAGGGUAGUCUGUUCAGACUCCGCAGGACUGAGAGGUAGUGGUAGUGAUUUCCCUCUAUCUAGCCCCUACACUGCCGCUAGAUCAGGCUUCCACGAGAAGGUAUGGAAUGAUGGAAACGUCUCCGUCGGCGCGGUCGUUGGUUCAGGGUUUGUCCUGUUGUGGUCGUUGCCUGAACACCCCUCUUAACCCGCGAUCCUGCCCCAGCCAAGGAAAAAAGGGCAGCCCCUAGGUCAUUAUAGUGUCCCUUGCCCAUCGUGAAAUCGGGACGGAGAGUGUCAACGACAGCGACGCGGUCAUUCUAUUUGGUAAUACGCUUAAAUACUUUUGAGCACUGUCCCAGUUCUAUUGCCUAGUCUAGACGUUUGUCUACGUUCAAAGUCUCAGACCGAUAAGACUGAGCUGCUUGGAGUAGCGUCUGCCUUCUUACUCUGAGAAUAAAGCACUCCGUUAACAGUGCAAAAUACUGUUCUUAACAUGUUUAACAUGCACUUCUCCAUUUGAAAGAAUGUGCUUCUCAAAUUCAACGGCAUGUAGGAAAUAUUGAUUAUUUUAAUGUGGGAACUCAGGUCAAGGGUGAGUUAAGGAAUCAAACUACAUAUAUCGAAUUGUCUGUCCCACUACGGCAGGGAAAUUCCGCAUCCAGAGGUAGGGAUCACGCACGGGCGACCGCAAAUCGGGUCAAAAGCCAGCAGGUCACCGCUAACGGAACUGAAGCGUCAGAGACGUGAGCGGAUGAGAGAGGGCAGCUAUUUCGGAUUCAUUAAUGCCCUCCUAAGCCGGAUCGAAGUCCGGCCAGAGCCUUUGUCCGGUGGCAAACAUGUACACUCGCACACCCUCGAAAGAGCUCCACAAGUUACGCGUCUAACGAAGAAAUCAGCCGCGCUGUCGCACUGGUGUUCUAUGAGUGCUUCCACACCCGUCGCAUGUUCUGCAAAUCACAGUUUUAGCGUCACAGUUUAAAACGAGGCAUAUAAGCUUAGGUCUAUUAUGUCAGUUAGGUUAAUGUUUUCGCAACCCCGAUGGUGACAUUAUGCUUACUUUCUCAGUCCACAUCCAAAAUUGUUAUCUAAUGUAUUUUCCGUGUUUGCACAGAAAACGCCCAUGGUUCGUGCGUUGCAUCAAACCGAAUCCCGAAAAGAAAGCACUGACCUUCGAGGACACAAUGGUCAUGGAGCAGCUUCGCUACAUUGGCAUCUUGGAGACAGUAAAGAUCAGAAGUUCCGGCUUCCCAGUUCGCCUUCCCUACACUAUGUUUGUCAACAAGUGAGUUAAGUGGCUGGCAAACAACUUUGGUCUUCUUCAUUGUCCUUUUGGAUGUAGGUGACUAGGAGGAGGCCUAAGAUUUGAGCUUCCAAUGACUAGCUAACUGGGGUGGCUGCCUGGGGUUGAGAAUGGCCAACUCAUGACACAAACGGGACCCAAAGUGGCCAUUCCAGUUGCAUUAGCCCUUAUAAGUGACACGCUUUAUAGUAGCUUUGAUACCUCAAAUCACAAAACACAGUGUUCAGUUGGGAUUAAUUAAAACGAAUAUUGUUGCUAGCAGUUCAUUCAAAUCAUAACGCGUAUUUUCUCGGUUCUCCAACCUCUACCAUUAGUUAUACUUCCCUGUUGGAAAAGAACACCUACCGGGCAGUGACACGGAUAAAGGACCCACAUGAACGCACCCAACAACUGAUGAACAAUCUCCAUCUGGUUAUUGGUCAGUCAGGCAACGUGAAGCUGGGCGUAGAGUACGAGAUGGGUCGACAGAAGAUUUUCUUGCGUCAAGAACUGGCCGACAGUUUAGAAUUUGUACGCAGACGAAGACAUGUACAAGCUGCACGCAUCAUCCAAAGAGCCUGGCGAAGACGUGCCCUCGGCCAACUCGACCGCGCCCGUAACAACGCUGCCACCCUCAUUCAGGCUGUAUUCAGAGGCUACCUCGCUCGGUAUGUACCCUACCAUCCGAUAAUACCUUUAAGAAUGCUGUUUCCUCCUUUUUUUGACCUAACAUCGGCUACUCUUCGACUUUCAUCAAGAUGAGGUUCUAAAUGUGCCGUUGGCAGGGAGUCUAGUCUACGAAUGAGUAUAGUUUGAGAGGUGGUUUGUGGCAUCAUUGAGUGUGUGGGCCAUAUCGGAUGAUAAGUGAAAAGAGUGAUUUUUUAAAACAAGUUCUCUUGAGACGAGGCCGGACUGCAUAUAGUCUUUCCAAAACUUUGGGCUUUUAGGGUUUUACAAUGCAUAUUAGCCUGCCUAAAUUCCCUCAUUUGGUUUUCUAUUGACGGCCUGGUAGUAUUCAAAAGAGUACCCAUCUGUGGUCGACCUGUCGCUCGACUGUGCAUGGUAGGGCACAACUGUGUAGAAAAACGGUAUCGGCAAAGAUUCGGGAUCCUAAAAUUGUCAUUUCUGAGUUAGUGGCCGUCGCCAGUCAACGAUACCCCAUCUAAGGCGCUUGCGCGCUCGCGGUUAUUCCCGUCCAGAACGGCUCCACAGUUAAACUACAAAGUCAGCAUUGUGCCUGUUUAGGCUAUUUCAUUGGGCCUCCUGUCUUGGCGGUUUCACCUGUCCUCAGACUACACGGUCCUUAUAAAGUGGUGAGGAAUUAGUUUGUGACCCAGCUGCGCGGUAUGUCAGUAAUCAGCUGUCGCAAUAGUAUAAAUUUUCAGGAAUGGGAAUACUUUUGGAAAUUUUUCAGGUGAAAAUAUUUGUACCGCAGCAAGAUCGACCAAUUAAUUUUGACGUUUGGAAAAAUGAUCUAGUAAUUUUUGAAACGGCAGCGCAUCUGUUUCUGAUUCCCGCUCAUCAGUUCGAUUUUGAAAUACCAAAGCUUGAGUUCUGGGUUCGUAGGAUGUGCUGUUUAGCGUUUUCUCGGCGGCACGUAACGUUUAAGCAUUGCCUUUAGUUGUUCUGACAUUUAACGAGUACAAGCAUGUCCACCAAGUGCGGAAUAUAAUUUACUGGCCUAAAUAUUAGAAAUGUAGUAUAAGGUUGCGCGUUCUUAGGGGAGAGAGCAAUGAUUUCCAGAGGACCCUUCGGUCUAUAAGUGCGUCCGCCGCAGGAAAUUCACUGCUAGUUUCCUGAAAACUCUUGCGACCACUCAGAACUUCUGAGUAGACGGCGUCAAGUAACCUAAAAAGUUAUUUGCAUCACGUUCUUGUGGGCAGAAACGGAUUUGACUGUAUGAACGAACGUCUGCACCAUGUUUCGUCAGAAUAUUGCACUUUCCACCAAGCAUAACAAAAGCCGUCUUCACUGUUACCCUGUGCAAAUUACCAACAGCUCUCGCCAUUCAGUGACCGUGUGUCUACUAGCCUACCAGACAGCCAGCAAACAUGAAUGCUUGCCAGGGUCAGACAAGGUUUAGCACCUGAAGACGUGCGUGCAAUUGCAUGGGUCGACAGACUACUGCAUAAAUGAGAGAACGUAAAGACUACAAAAUUAGUCUUUUUGUAUUAAAUACAUAUUGACAGACCGAGUCACACAUUGUUCCUUGUCAUUAGCUCAAAGUAAAUGUAAUUUACGCAGGAUUUGCUUUUAAAGACUUUGUUGAAAAUUGGAGGGCCGAGACAAGGACGUUCUUGUAUUUGGGCAUAUUUACCUAAGUUAAAUCUCCCAGUAGAUACAACAAGAAGGAAGAAAGUAGAAAAAGUCAUAUCACUGACUAAAGUCUACUGUUUCUAACCGCUGUAAGAUUCUUUGCCCAUCUGCUGAGCUGUGACCAGAACGGCCGGACUCUUCACUGCUCACUCCCUGUCCUCAGUGUCGCAUUUUCCUUUGCCGGUCUUAUAUACUUUGGGUUCUGGUUUCUGGUUUUUAAUGAAUUUGGCCCAUGACAACACGUCGUACGUUAUCACACCAUAAGACCAGCUUCCUAUUUAUUCUCUGGCUCCUCUACAGUCAGCUUUUGGUAAUAGUUUUGUUCUCCUGAAGAUGACGGUGUCCCCCCUACUGUUGGACGUGGGAGAGAAGGCGCGGAAGUUCCUUGUUACUUGCAGUGUGGUUGUAAAUGGUUUUCACUUGCCUUAAGCCAAAACAUAUCUGAAAGAACAACAAGCUGUUCCGGACCCUUUUUUACUUUGGUUCUUGUUGUCCUAAUUUUACCCGUACUGUAGGCAACUCUAAUUCCAGAGCGUCUCAGGUGCCUGGUCUGGGCAUCUAAAGUGAUAUGCCAAGACGCAACAAAUCGAUGUAACCCUCCACUUGAACACUGUCUCAAGGGGGAAAUAUAAUCUUUUCUCGAUAAAGAAAACCCACAUGAUGAGUUUCAGCAAUUCUAGCGUCGACCCUGUGGACGACACCGAAAGAUAACAUCCUAUUAACAGGCAGACAAAGUGGCCACUUUUUAUUUCACAGUCUACUGACAGUUACUUGGAGUCCUUCUCUAUACCGUUGUUCUUCAAUGCUAUAUUUGUGUGAUUUGAAGGCUGCCAACGGACGAAAUAACUUGGCCCUCCCCGGAGGAAGAGUCGACUGCAAUGGCCCCUUCUUACUGUGGCCUUUAUGCCACUCCCAAUACGUAGGAGUCCGAGUCGCCCGUUGUUGUUUUAGUGAGCCGACCGGCCGUGUGUGACACGUGCAGAUGUGUGUUUCCGGUAGAUACUCCAGCUAAGAAGUUGUUGUUCCUUUAGUUUCUUCAGAAACUAACCUCUAACUUGGAAUAAAUCAGUUUAAGGUCUACAGGCGCAGAGCGAAAUUCGAGAUGAAUAUUUUGGCCGAAGUCCAUCGGCCACAGCGGGAAAACCGCGUAAUAUUCAUUAAACUGCCAACAGACAGGUAGUAGUAUAUACUGGGGUUACAGGAUACCAUUAUGUAUGUAUGGUAUAGCAUCCUGUAACUCCAGUACAUUCAACUAGCUGUCCAGAGGAAGAAGAUGCGUGACGUUUCCGAUUCUCACUCGAACCCAUCAUGGGAAACGGUUGCAGAUAAAGGUAUUUGGAGGUCAAAAGACUGCAGUAUUUAUAGUGCGUAGCUGCCAUGGGACCACAUGCGUACUAUAAUUAGCAGCUCUCGCGAUCACCGCUGGAGGUCGCAAUUGAUGCGACGAUGGCUCGUCAGUCCGCGUCCGAAUCGUUAAUUGCCGCAAUUUCAUCAUCCGUGUUGCAUGUUGACGUGAUUAUUACUCGGCCAUUUGGCUCGCUGUCACUUUGAUCAUUGCUCGCUCGCGCACUCUCCGCGUGACUGAUUCCCUUGCGCAGGGAAUGGAGGUCAUUGUACUUGUUGAUAGAUUUCGGGCGUGAGAACCAUGGUUCGAGCAGAUCGUCGCCCACGCGGUUGAUAGCUCUUGCGAGGAUUUCGGCCUCUUUAAAUUUUAAAAUAUGACUGGGUCCCCGUGGAAUGAAUCGCCACCUGAGAGCCAGCGUCCUUCCGCCUCACCGCUGCUGCGCGCUCGGCCAUCCGCUUCAAAGUAAUCAUAGUGCCAACAUCCAACACGAUAAUGAAAUUUCGGCAGUUAACGACUCGGACGCGGGCUGACGAGCCAUCGUCGCAUCAAUUGCGACCCCCAGCUGUGAUCGCGAGAGCUGUUAAUUAUAGUACGCAUGUGGUCCCAUGGCAGCUACGUACUAUAAAUGCUGCAGUCUUUGUGCUUCCACAACCUUUAUCUGCAACUGUCUCGAUGAUUGGUUCGAGUGACAAUCCGACACAUCAGGCAAAUAAACUUCUUGUUCCAGCGAUCGCAUCAUCCUCUUCUGAACUGCUUUUUGGAACUCGCGUGCUCGUUUUUAUAAAUUACUAGCUGUCUGUCGGCUGUUUAAUGAAUAUUACGCGACUGAUGAACUUCGGCCCAAUUACUCAUAACGUAUUUCGGUCUGCGACUGUAGACCUUAGUUUAGACUGAUUAAGUUCCAGUUAGCGCUUUAGUUCUGAGGAAAUCAAAGGGCAACAAUUUGUCAAUUAGUUCGUCCGAUCCCACCUGUCGUCCGAACCCUGUCCUGACACCAAACUCAGGUGGCUGAGGAAGGAGAAAUUGAGGCAGCUGCUGCGCAUGUCUGCUAUGAUUAUAAACUAAUUCGCACCCAAGUCGCUCCCCUUUCGCCCACCUUGCCGGGGAGCACACGGUGGACAUCAUCUCUCGCGAUAGUGCCUUUCGCUUGUAAAUAAUGCUUUUAAUAAGAAGACAUUUCGUGGAGGAGGUUGCGGAAAUAAUUAGUAGGGUACACCAUCUAAAGUUAAUCACAGUAGCACACCGGCCUUAGCCUGGUCAGAUUUCGGGACAUUGGCGAAAAUCACACCUGGGAAAGGAUAACUAAGUCAGUAGUUCGAUCUUACGUCGUCGUUUGCAUAAAUACAACUAAGUUCCCCAUAAAAAACCACAAAAGAACUUUUGUUAUAUCCAUCUUAAGGAAAUGUAAGUUCUCUCUACUUUUUGCGUAUGAAGUGACAAAGAGCUCAUUCCAGUUAUAACGUUUUUAAUAGGUAUUUUUGAGACAUUGAUAAGAUUGCUCAUCUAGUCUGGGAGCCAUAAUUUCGCUACAGUAGUGUUUACCGUUAUGCACUUUUGGUACAAUACUCCGUGGGCGCUAACAGACCUCGGCAUAGGGCUAAAUGCUUUGCUCGAGAGAAAGUACAUGACUUACACUUUAUAAACCCGAACAUUAAUGAAAAGGCAGAUCGUUCAAAAUAUGUAUGACUUCAUUAACUUUGUUACGAACAAAAUAUAUCCUUCUUAAACACAGGAAACGUAGGUGCCUGCAAAAUGAAUAUAAGGAAUAAACUUCCUGAGCCCAUUUUCCAAUAAAUCUAAGGAAAUUUAUGUAGACAUUUUAUAUCGACGAAAUAAUCCUCACUAUCCAUACAUUAAAUCCUUCGCAAAUGUAUUCUACGCUCGUGUCUACAAGGGGUCCGACUAAAAAACGGCAUCAUAUCGUAUGUUAAUAAGCUUGGGAUGACAACCGAUGUCGAUCCUUUUCCAACGCAACCUGAGUAAUUUUUUCGUUUUGGUCAAUAUUUGAUGGAUUCCGAUACCUGCUGUUAUUUUGAGAAGCAAAAGUAGACCGUUUUCUUCGGUUGAUAUUUUUAGUGUCAUCACAAUAAUGAUAUAGAUCUCAUUUUGUGCAGCUAAGCUUUGUGCGUAUGCCGCAUGUUGAUGCUUCAGGCACUUCUGUUUCGCAGUUGUCAGUAUGAAAUUCGGAGUAGCUCCUCAGCGCUUUUUGCCCACGUGGAUAGUAGGCGCGUAAAAAUUUUAAUAAUGCAUAGAACUAGAUUGUUCACUCCAUAUGUCGGCUCUUUCUCCUCGCGUAAACAUUUCGAAAUUCCGACGUUUUUUAGAAAACUUCACCUCCUUAAGUGAUUAUACAGUUUACAAUACAAGUAUUUCUCUUUCUAUACAGCCGAUUAUAGAAAGAUGACAUUAAUUUACACAGUCUUCAUUGUGCAAAUCCAGGCACUCUCCAGUUUUGACAGUGAUUUUCUUACAUAAUUUUUGUUCCUGCAUAAGAUAUACAUGCGUCGUUUUCACGCAUCAACGGCAUAUUAUUUUGUCCUUGUCAUCGAGUCCUUGUCAAGACUACCGUCUGCAUGGUCGCAAACCCACUCUCCCUGAAUUUCGACCUGCGGAUAUGCAUGAUUGGGGAUUGUCGCGUCGAAUGUGAAAUGCGAUAUAUUUUUAGACCGUUUGACUUCCCGAUAUUUUCAAUAAUGAGACAACCGUAGUGUAGUGUAGACUGCACUUUCUGUUGAUUCUCAAGCCCACCCUUAGGAACGCAAAUGACUGCGGCUUCUCAACCUUGCCAGGGUAGUUACUGUCCAUUAAGAUUGCAGACUAUAACAAUAUUCACAUAGGUAGCUGUCAGCGUUUUGCGUCGACCUAGUUUGUUUUAAAACCCAGUACAGAACGCAGCCCAGAUUACACUAGGCUCAUCUCGUGAGUCCACGAUAGGGGAAUAUCGACAAUCCCCUCAAAUGAACGAUGUACCGCCGUAGCUCACCGGUAGUACAGCCAUCGUGACUUCGAGGAUCGGUGGCCUGAUUCCAUUCGGUUGUACAGUUUUUUUUCGACUGCGAUAAUUUUCCUACUUCAGAUACUCCGCACAGAGAAGGCAAUUGUGACUUAUUGGAAUUAUGAACUGUACCAAGUUUUAUCCGUGUAUUUGUGUGCUAUCUACCGUACCGUUUUUAUACUACUUUCAGAAAGAAUAACAGGAACAUUCUCAUGGGCGUUCGGCUACCAGUCCCAGUAAGUAUUUCCUUUCGAGCUUGUGCCUGCCAGUUCUGGUAAUUCAAUAUUUAUUUGUCGAAGUACCUACCCUCGGUAACUGUCUUAAACAUGCUCGGUUACUAGCUUUUUACCUUAGCCUUCUCAAAGGGAAGACGUUUCCAUUACUUCUUUGUUUAGAACAUUUUAAAAUUUGACUGGUACGGAGUCCGUUUAUGCAUUGCAAAAAAACUUUUAAGCCCUGUUGUCAAUGCAACUUUUCCUGUAAGCCAACAAUGACUUGACUUUGACUGCCCUUACUACUUUAUAGCUCCAAACAAUGAGCGAAGAUCUCCUUUGGAAAGUAAGUCUUCAGAAAAUUACUUUCCCCUAAUCUUGGGUUUUUUGCGCAGACCUUCGACACAGAAACUGGUUUUUGGUUCCAUUUGAGGCAAUUAUGAAAAGUCACGGCAUCCUUAAUCCUAACCUCAAACGUAAAACGGAAGCCAAAUUGGUCAGAUGUGAAUAUGGAGCCCCACAAAAUAGCCCCAGUAGACAACCCCCCCGACACCUGUAAUGGAGAUCCUGACUACCAACUGCGAUCUAGCCGAGACAUUUUUCACCUAAAAGCCAUUGGUGUAAUUAGCUUUCAAAUUUUAGUUCUGCGGAAAUUGUCUUUAGCGGCACGAGUAGGUAAACCCCUCCUAACGAGUUGCCCUUCUCACCUGACUAGUUUUAUAUUCAGUCCUUUCAAAGACCGACUACAGUUCUGACCAAGCCAAUGAGUCACUGUCCCAAAUGUGGGAUUCUGUCACUUAGUCAACCGUCGCCUUUCGCUCUGUGACAUUCACAUUUUAUUUGCAUAUAUGCGUGUUCAAUCUAUGUGGGGAACUUUUUGACCUCCGAAUGCUCUUUUACGCAAGCUUAUCUGUCUUUUUAAAGGAAAAUGAAGACGAGGUCGAAUAUGACCAACUGACCUUAACGGAAAUGGGCCAACUGAUGUGUCCUGCGGACCUUGCCUUCAUCAUGGAUAGAAUUCGCAACAGUGAGUCGUGCAUUUUUAGAACCGCGAGAGCCUCCGAAGGUGGCUUAACUGGCCGAUUGGGAAAAUAUUCCUUCCUCGCUUAUUAACAGCUAUGCUUAGAUAAGGCAUUGACAACUUACAAAAAUUACUUAUUUUCAAUGAAAGUGCUGCUAUGGACGACCUUUUCAAACAGAGCUGGAUUUUAAACACCCUCAGCGCCAUCUUCGAAAGUAUUCAUAAACAAUGCAGCUGUUGCAAUUUCUGAUCUCGCUCUCUAUGCUUUUAAAUCUCAAUUCAUCCAUACAAACAAUUUUUUUCGGGAUAGAUGGUGAAGCCAGAGAACUUUUACGUAACCCGGAGAUGGAAGUAACCAAAACCUUCAUGGUCCAGCGCAGACUAACCAGUGACCUGCCGGGUUGUUGGACUACCUACAAAGGCGAUUCCUUCAGUGUGCCCACAAUUCAACUACUCAUCGCCAAUAGCGGUUCUAGCACCAGUGCCCAUCUCGACACGGUAAAAUUAACUAAUAGUAUAUAUUGAAAAGCAUUUUUGACAUAUUCAACACACGGGAGUAACUACUUCUAAUAUGAUAGUUGUCAUUAUCCAGUAAUAUUCCAACCCAACGACAAAACGAGAAUGCCUACUGGCCUUCUAAUAUCGGUGAACACAAGUCUUAGAUGAAUUUAAAUGUGAGUUUCAGGUGCAAAGCAUUAUAAAACUUUGACAGAAAUGAGUAGAAAGAUUUGGAGUUACAGCAGGUGCAUGCGAAGGGUAAUUUCAACCCCAAACUCUUGACUGAACUUGCACCAAAUGGAUCCCUGUUAAAGUCACAAUUUUUUUCUGCUUGAUGUUGAGUUACGGUUGAUUGAUGAGAAUCAAUAAUUCAACUACAUUCAUCUCAGUUCCUUUAGUCAUUAUCAUUAUGAUUCUCAAAGCAUGUUACUAAAAUAUAUAUUCACUUGCAUCUGCUGAGUAUAGUUUGCUUAAUUAUGAUGGCGUUUAGGGUUAUCCUGUUAUAAAAGGAGGAAAUCGACGGCCAGAUGUGGUUAUUUAACCCCACCUGAAGUAAACAACCCCCAGUCACCUGUAAUACGGGAUUAGUGAUGGUGGGGUUUUUUACAGGUGGAGUCGGGAAACGCACAUGCGACGAGUUCAAGCACUUGUAUGCAAAAGGAAAGUUAUUAGGAAUGCGUGAUUGCACUUUGAGUGGUUAAGAGGUAGUUGUCCUAACCCCAACUUCAACAGUAUUGUGCCCCUCAGGUGGGGCUACAUAACCACAUCCUACCAAAUCGACUUUCGUUUAACGGAGGUCCAAACAUUGGGCGUACUUAUUAUUACGCCGGAGGGCACCGGGGUUCCUGAAGGUGCAGCGCAAACACUACAAUGAUUAUGGCAUCCUCGUUUUAUGGUCAUUAAGAUAUGUUAGGGCAAAUGCUGAAUCAGAACUCUAGUGGCAUGCGUGCCGAGAACUGAAUAUGUGGUUUCAGGGAGCAUUUAAGUAUUGCUGCCGCUGGCAGGCUGUCCGGGUACAAGUAUGCAAGAUAAAGCAUCUCGAGGAGACGUAUGGACGACUUUUCACGCACGACCUACGCAAUAGCUUUUCUUGCUUUUCCUAUGCCCACAGGGCCUAACUUUUCAGGAUGACUACAGUUGCCUUUAUGUGUACCCGCCGCGAACCUCCUUAAAGUUGUCCGGCGCCUUAUGAAAGGCAUAGAAACCGUCGUCAGCAUGCACGUAUUCGUCAUUGUAGAUCACGAACAUUUGCUCGUAGGUUAUGGGCUUAUUCAAACGAAAAAUGGACGAUUUGGACGGGAAGAACCCUACCGUUGGGGCUGCACAUAGUUAGUUUAUGCGUUCAGCAGGGGUGUCUUCUAGCUUUCGGAGGGGAAUGAACGUUCCUCGUUUUUUGCGUAACUAUUGACGCGCGACACUUACUACUGGCUAGGAGAAAUGAAAUGUAGAACCCGCCUCUUCUACUACUGCCUUCAUCUAUCUUUGAACAUCUACUACCGUACUAGUUCUUAGACUCAUCCAAGUAGACCAAAUGUUCUAUGCUCCGAUCAGUCUUCUUCUUCCUCUUUCUUUUCCUUUUUUCUCGUCGCCUUCUUUUUCACCACAUUAAAUACUUCAGACUGAGAUGGUAGUAACCGUCCACAAUCAGCUUUGGACUCAACCGAAAGAGUUCUAAUCAGGUGUUGACGACCAAAGCGUAUUCCUUAUUUUCACCGGCAAAGAACUUUGCACUGACACUCGGCCCUCGAAACGGAAGAUAACAUACUGGCCCCAUCGGCCCCAUUCAUUUUAGAAUACUCCCGUUGAUGCGCAAGUCAGUGAAAUAAACCGUCGUAGGAUAAUGCUGCACGUAUUUGGAUAAUUUAGUUAUCAGAAGGAAAGCCGCUGUCGGUGAUUGGGUGCCAUAUUAAAUAAUACCCUUUUAAAACGAACCGUAUAGGCAGGAAAGUAUUCGUGUGGUAUGCUCGUAAUUCGACACAUGUACAUACGGAUUCCCCCUCCAUACUGGGUGAAAUAUGGGCAACGGCGGGACCAUUUUCCAUCAUCAUGCUGCCCAGGUUUGAUCCCCGGUUGCUGUGGCUGUUCUGUAAUCCUCAAUGCAAUAUAUCGUCGGUCUAUGCAGUCUCUAAACACCCAAGGUUCUUCUUUUUGGCAGGAAAUUGCUUCCUUCGUCGCCACUGGCCGCGAGGAUCGUUGAUCUUCAGUCGUCCAAAACCUUCCUAGUCCGUGGCUCUUUUGAAGGCGGUUUGGUGGGGCAGCCUAGUGGGGGGAGGUGUGACCUCGUACUUUCUGAAUUUGAAGGUAGGCACCUCCAUCCACCCGUUGGACAUAGUCGUGAAAUCUCAUAGUCAUGUCUGACAGCGGGCGAAGCACUACUCUAACACAGACGAUCUUCGUCUUGUAAUCAUACGCCAUAGGCAGCCACUUUGACAGAUCGGUGCUCAACUGCGCGUAAAAGUAUUCCUGCUGUGCGAUCGAUGGCUGUUAAUUCUUAAGUCUCGAGGAUCAGCCUCCUCUGUGCGUAGGUCUCGCCGAAGGCCAUUCUGUUAACCACCACCUGAAGAUGCACUGCAAAGCCCGCAGAACGGCUGACAAAUCGGUCUGUCCUUCCUCGUAUUCGUCUUGGGGCACCUCACAGGUCCAUGGUUUAAUGCUAACUUCAUGUGUUGCUCAAACUCUUUUACGCUGAAAUCUGCUGCGUGUUAAUCGAGGUCGCUUUAUCCUAACUCUCUUCAACCCCUCUCUUAGUUUUUUCCGACGUUAGCUUUCUUCUUAUCACUGCCAGUCCAUGUAUCUUCUUACUUGUUUUUAUUUCUCACGCAAACUUCUGCGUUCUUAAAAAACCAGUACCGUGUACAGGUGCGUUGAUUCAGCAAUAGUUAUGAAACUUUAGGCUCCUACAUUUAAAAAUUUCCGUUUUCUUUAAGCUCUGCACAGCCAACCUACCAUACACUAACUAGCUCAGGUUGACUUCUCUGGGGUUUGGGAUACCAUGGGCUGCCCCUGAUUGUGUAGUAUUUAGUGUGCCCUUCUCUUUCUGCUCGUGAAUUUGCAUUCUAAAAUAUCAAAUGAAACUAAAAAGCCGGACUAUAACAAAUGCACUGUCCGCUUUUGUAAAUUUGCCUUCAAAAAGUCUAGCCUACGAUUCAAAAGAAACAUAGUUCAGACAACAUUGCGUGGGUCGAGAGUGAGAAAAAUAUCAAAUUUUGGCAGAAGCGGCAGCAACCUGAUAGCUCGGCUAUCAGGGCACUUAAACGAAAUUCGAGAGAUCAGAGGAUUGACAUGUUUCUGGGCAAUUUUCUUCUAACUUUUGGAUUUUAAGAGAAAAGGACUUUGCAAUUUAAGUCUGAAUUUAAUGCCUCUUACCGUUUCUUCUUUGGAUUUUACACAAUUAGUUCCAACUGGGACAAAGGAUGGCACCGUUGGUGAGACCGCUUGUUUUCGCAAGGCCGACACAAAUAGAAGGAGAGAUGGCGAUCGAGGCAUCAAAACUGGUAUGUCUUGUGUGUUAAAAAUACAAAAAGACCGAGCAAAUUCAGUGGAUUUGCCAUCUCACAAAAGGUUAACGGAAAUUCUAAGCUGUGUUUUCAACUCGAGAAGAUUGCUUAAGUAGGGUUGUAAUGCUAGUUGUCAUGCAGCAUGAUCCCAACAUAUUAUAUUAGGAUGCCAGUUUCUGGACGGAUUUCUCUUUGACCGUCCGCGUGAACUGCACUCUGUAAAGCGCCUACUCAAGUAGUAUUAGGUUUUUGUCAUUGAUUUUCGAUGUCCCUAUAAAUUCGAAUAUAUUUUAUAGAAAACAUGCAUAAAUUCAUUCAUUCUUUUACCCAUUUGGCACAAAUUACGUCUUCCUUGAAUUUAAUACUUGAAGAUGCAGUGUGCUUCGAUUUUUUAAAAAAGUUUCUAAGAUCGUGAAAUAUUCAGUCAUAAAACAUCGCAUCUCCAUAUUAAUUAAUGUUAAGUAUAAAUAUGGACAAAAUUCACUGCAAAGUUUUAUGAACCUCAUGUGGCAUCUUCUUAAAAGCGUAUGGAAAUGUACGAUUUUUCUUGUACAGAACAUAAACAGCUUGUAGUUCAGAAAUUCUGAAUGCAAUUGUUACAGUAAGUCGAGUUCGAAACUAUUCGAAAGUCGAGAGUUCUUUGAAAUCAAAUGAUACUCUUACUUUUAUUAUAAAAUUUGGAGAAGACGUAUUAUACUAGCAAAUAAGUGAAAGAACUAAUACUCUCGAGUUUAUUUUCUAUAAAAUAUAUUUAGAUUUAUAGGAACAUUGAAAAUCAGCGAGAGAAGUACAUACUCUUCAAGUUUUCACCCUUUACAGAGUGCAGUUUAUGCAGGCAGCCAGAAGAAAACUUAUUAAAAAGCUGAUAUCCUGGUAUGACUGAAAUAUUUUAGGAUUCUGCCGCACGAUAUUUUAUAUUUCAACCCCACUCAAGUGCGUUUUUCGAAUCGAAAACACAUUCCAGAGGAUGCAUUUUAGUGAGCGUGGGGGGGUUUGCACUGUUACGAGUUCGCGUCCGACUACAGUGUGCUUUUUUCCAUCUAUCAUUUUAUGUCAACCACGAACCCCUGACAUAAUUCUUCGUCCCUACUCACUGGCUUUAUUAGGCUUGCCCUAAUUUGAAUGCUCUUUCGGGAUUCUCCGUAUUUUUUGCUAGCAGUUGCCUCCAGCGCAAAGAAAGGGCUUAAGGCCUUAUCUGCGGCGAGAAAGUAAGGUUAACUGCCAGCAUUCUCACGAGCAGUGCGAGUAGCUGGUCUCACCGCGACAUUUCGGGCAAUUUGCUCAUGGAUGCUGACUGAUGUCAAGUGGCUACACCUCAUAUAAACAUAUCAAAUAUCGGCAAGGGAAGAAUAAUUUCUAAGAUUAACUAUGGAAUCUUAAACCUUUUUCUAUUUUUUCAGAUAACGCGUCUUAUUUACCAAAACACACUUUCCCUACACGAUGAAUUCAUCAUGGGCAGCUACCUCUACCAAAUGGUAAGAUUGAAGCCAGUUGCGGGACUCAUUCUGUCAUGCUUUGCUGAGUACAAUUUUGCUUUUUCUAGUUUGUUUUUCUUAAGAUCACGUAACCGUGGUAGUCAGGAAAGCACCAAACUCAGUGCUAGCGAGUUAAUUUAACGCCAACAAUGCACAUUUGACUGGCUCUCAUCGGUAGGCCUUAAUUUAAAUGCGGCGUAAGAGAGCUACGUUUCGUCUUGGAGCUCUUAACCAGAGUCCUUCAACCAGGCUGGUUUGGAAACUCUGAAUGCACUUGAUUAUGCCCGACACAGAGCGAGCCUACUGCUCAACUGACCGAGCGUCACGCUGAAAGACCAACUAUUUCCCCUUUCGGAGGCUUGGGUGUGACUGUCUGACAGCGAAACCGUCGCAAAAUGACAGCUCCACUCUCCCUAGUCCUUCCAAGUAAUUACCCCAGAAGCAAUGCGAUCUCACGCUUGAAUUUAAUUAGAGUAGAGGGACCUUUUGGAGCAUCCACCCUUUUCGUACAUUUCCAGCGGCAUUGCAAGGCGAGAGCGGCUAGAAAUGAACUUAACAAAGACUUCCAGCGUUUCACUUGCAUGCUGGUCCCCCUACCGGGACGAACCGAACUCCACCCGAUUCCACUCCCAUCAGCAUGAUUUUCGGCCCCACUUUAGGUUUAUUACCAUCACUUUAUCUAGUUUGAGGGACCGGGAACCAAAACACCAUCUACAGAUUGCUUCAGGCGACCACAACCUCUGCAUGAUUGAGAAUAUAGCAGGAAAUGACAACCGGGUGGUUGUGGCGAGCUGUUAGAGUGUGGGCUUCGCAGUUUUAUACUGUUCAUUCGAUGCAUUAGCCUUCGCUAUUCUCAGCCAUAGCGGGCGGGGUGGCACCCCGCUUGGCGACCGUUUAUUUAUUUUACGUAAAUACGAAUUCAAAACGUCAGAUAAAUAAACUCAAUGCUCUAGCGGCCGAAACGUUUUAACUGCAGGCAAAUUGCAUCCUCCUUCUUACAUUUCUCCCACACCAUCUAAUGAAAUUUUUGAGAAUCUUCGCUGCAGACCUUUUUCAGAAAGUCACAUGUCCCGCCGGAUUCUGAUUUAGUGUCCCUCAGCAUCUGUGGUUUGGUGACGUUUGUUGAACGUGAAUCAUACUGUUUUGAUCGACACUACCCCUAAAACGGUCCACGCGGUAGAUGCGCUAGACCAACGUGGGAACUAGAUCUGGAUCCGGCGGGGGUUAUUGGGAGCGUGCACGCAUACCAAAUGCCCACAUUGGAAUGUGGUGGAACGCUCAGGUGCUGACCCACGCCGCGCCGGUUUGGAUCCAAGCCGCCCCCUUUUUUUCCUGUUAUGUAAAAUCCUUGUCAGUGUGCUUUGUAGGCCGUGAGGUGUGGUGGCGCGCCUCGGUGCGGGCUUUUUGGCGUACCAGCAACCUGCACCCUCUCCCACCGCUGCCGGUCUUCUUGACCCUGCCAAGACUCCUGGCCCAGGUGGAAGAGGCGGAGGGAGUAUGAUAGAUGCUGCGCAGGUCUACUACCACCAUAAACUAAUUCACGUGCAAGUCGCCGUUACUUUUCUCACCCUGAUGUGCGGCAUACAGUUUACAUCGUUGAAAAUUAUGCUCGAAUUGUCGUACCUCUGGAUACACGUUUUCUGGCUCGGGAACGACAUAUCUGCCACUUCCAUAGGCCUCGAGCCAACCCGAAACGUGUUGGCGAACACCCAUACUUUCGUGCCUACACCUUGUGCUAUCAUUAUGUAUGAUCCAGUAGAGCACUACGUCCCUAAAUACUCGUCGACGAAUAUCCACUCUGUUGGGCCUCGGCCAACGGCACUUACCCAUUAGCGUCAAAACUUACUGCCUCACUAACUAUACUCUCUCCUGUGUUAGUAGUCAUCAAUUAUCUAGAUAAGUUGUGACACCUGUGCGGUAAUUCCUUGGGCAAGCCAGUAUGUCCUUGGAAAUGCAUCUGUUAGAAGGGGGUCUCCAAUGCCCUUUUUCAUAAAAUACUGCAUGGAAAUCAAUGGAAUGUUCAAUCCGCCUCAGUUUUGCAGAGUUUUUGUGUUAAAAAAUUGGUGAAUUGGUUAUAAAUGUAUUGUCCAAGUUAUUAUUUGUGCACUGAAGCCCUAGUAGCCUAAUUUCUACAAAAAAUUGAAUAACUAUCAGACAGGAAAGUAUUUUUGACGUUAUUUCGGAGUACAAGUUACAAAGCUGACUAUGUAGUGCAAGUUUGCUGGACAGCGCUCAUAAUUUAACCGCCAGUUUUUAUACGCAAAUCGCAUUUCGCAUGGCGAAUUGAAGCCAGUGAAAGAACUCUUGUUCACAGGCUUUUGAUCUUCAUUAGUGAAGACGAAGUUUUUUGUAAGGAAAUGCUUUCUAAGGCCGGUGAAUAUAUUAAAUUAAAAAUGUAAGCAAAACAGGAUUAAUGUUGACCAAAUCUUCCGCCAUUAAAUAACUGAGCCUCGAUGAUCUGGAGUCACGAAGCACUCUCAUGGAGACUUUGAGCCAGGUCUGCAGUACUCGGUUAAUGGCCUAUCUGAAUGAUCCCCGACGCAGUUCUACACCAAACAGCUAUUCACAAAAGAGCACAAUCGGUCGACAGAGCGCAGAAGCAAAUUAUUAAUUAAAACCCCCUGUUUUGCGAGGAAGUAAUAGGUAUUCCCCGUUGAACUGACAUACAUUGUGGCUGAUAAAACCACAUCUCCUGGUGAAAUUAACUUUCCCACCCAACUUUAUUAACCCUUACUGAUCAAUAGCUCAACUUCUGCAGAAUUUAAGCCUAGGAUAAGGUUGAGUCUACUUUACUGAUUUCCUUGCAGUAAAGUCGCCUUGGUCUACGGCGUAAAUUUCACACUGCAGUUCUGCUGCCGCAAGCCACGACGUCCACCUCGUGUCCCCCUCCCAAGAGGGGAUUCAGUGAGGAUUUGUGCGAACACUAGUCUGUAUUGCGACAGAUUUGUUCAGCAUCGUCCUCCAUCGUCCACCUUGCCAUGAUGGUCAGAAAAAAUCAAGACGACCGUAAAUGGGUGUGAACUCAGUGGUUGACAGAGCCCCGCAGUUCGUUUGCGCGUGCCAAACACGCCCUGGCUCUCGCGUUAUGCACUAGGCUACACCAAAGGCGGUCCUGAGCCCAGAUAUUUGAGAGUUAUAAAGGCAAACCAAGAGGGAACCAUUGCAGCCUGACUGUCUGUCCUGAGAAGGAGCAAGUUAUCCUGUCAGUUGACAACCUUUAAAAACAUGGUUCUUAACACAUCGUGAUAGGUUUGAGGACGUCAGAUUUAUUAUACUGAUGAACGAACCGUUGUACCAUGAAGAUCAAUUCACAUUACUGGCCUCACUCUCUUCCCGCUCUCAUUCGGCAGUCGAUUGUUUGAACCUGGGAACCAAUCAGAGAUGAGAUUAUGUGCACUGACUGACAAGGCCAAACAGCCCGUCUAUACGUGUUUUGUAUGCUUGUGUUGUGGAGUUGGUUGGUGUGUAGUCCACAGCGUGUGUAGGACCUGAAUUGUGUUAUUUUACGGAAUAUUUUAACGCGCACACACGUCUCACCUAGUUUGUUUUACGAAAAGUAAAUCCCGCUCUUUCCAUCCAUAUUUUACAGGCUCUCUCCAACUCAAUGAUGUUCAAGGAGAUCCUCUUCCAAUUGUUAAACCAGACCAUAAACUGGCCCAUCACCUCAGAAGUGGAUUAUGCGACAGACUCAGAGGAUGAGGACGCUAUGUUCAGCCAGGCACGUACUGAUCUUGUGCGUCAGCGGUCUACAAAGUGGAGAACGACAGGUCGCUCAGGUCUUCAAAUGAAACGUAGCAAGAAUAUCAUCAGCCACAACACACCACAGGACCAAAUGCGACGAAGUCAUCGACGACUGUGGAUGCAUAUCGCCGGUAUUCUUACCUGCGGACGGCUUCCAAAAUCUCUGAUGGCUGCUGUCGUGAAGUACGAUCGUAGAUCAGGCAGUUUAUGUACACCUACGUAUGAAUGAGUUAUCCGCGGGCAGAACCUCUAGCUGGUGAAAGUUCACAGUCACCACGUUCAUCUCAGAUCACAUUUUGUAUGCUAGUGCACUGGCGCUUACCUCGAAACGCCAACAGUAUAGAGGAAGCGCCCCAGUGUUCUGUAUUACUUUAUUAUUAUCAUCUAUCCACCUCGAGACGUUAUUCACAUCGAUUUCCACUUGUUGUGACCAUCCACGCAUAAAUUGCUCGCCAUAUCAGAAUGGAGCGCGUACUCCUAUUAUGAGCUAGACGGGUCCUUUGAUUUUCGGGAGUUCCCAUUUGUUAGUUCCCUGUCAUGCUAACCAACCCCAACUAUUUAUUUCCAGACACAUUCGUAUUCACGCCCCCCGUCGUUCUCUGCGGUUCUGCGAGGAUCGAAUCGUGACAGCCCCCGCGACCGUUCGCCUUUAUCCUCCCUCUCUCCUUGAAUGGCGAGUCAACUACACGGGCACAAACAUGGCCCUCUUCCUCACUUACCCCGACGGUGAGGUCUAAGAACAAUUUCACUUUGCCAACAUCGGUUCCGCGCACUCACUAAUCUUCCGUUUCAGAUGGUCCGCCCUCCAACCAGACGGGAACCAGUAUUGCAUAAGUGCUGAAUGCAUGUUCUGUAUAGUGAAACUGAGGUCUUUACAAAUAGAGACCGUUUUAUCGGCCAGUAAUGUUAGAGAAAGCACUGCACCUGCUGACAGAUUCACUGAAUUCUUCUCUUAAUAACGCUCAGGCACACUUGAUUUAUGAUAUAAGCAGAUGAAUUUGUGUUUGGUGAAGCUUCAUCAAUCUCUAUAAGUUUUAUCGCUGAACGCCAGGCGUCAGUUAGGUGUGGCCGAAAUUACUUUGGUCGUCUACAGUAUGGUCAAACUCAGGCAAGAUCUAAAUUCUUAGCUGUACGUGCAAGAGUUUAGGAUUAGGGGUUGGGGUUAGGGGUUGAAGUUUGGGGUUAGAGGUUCGGGUUAGGGGUUAAUGUUAGGGGUUAGGGUUAGGGGUGAGGAGUUUUCGUUAGGGGGUUAAGGUUGGGGUUAGACUGGAGCCUGUUAUCUGCAGGUACGGCUACGAAAGGAGAUCCGACCCAAACUCAUUAAGAGUUUUUUGAAUGAAGAUCGAUUAUACAAAAGUUCUACCAAGCACUUGCAUCGGAAGUAAAAUUUUUGAGACUCCUUAAUCCCAUAUGUAAAUUUGCAACCCUCCUAAUUUUCGUAUUACAGAAACCUUUUGUCAUAAAAGUUCUUAAAAUUGGGGUGUUUUUAGGGGGCGCAUGACAUAUAUGUACAUGUAACUGGACCAUAUGUACAGUUACUUUAAGAUAUGAUUUUUUAAGAACUUUCUGCCCCAAAUACCUUUUCGAUAAAAAUCGACUGCUUAUGAUUAUGUAAAAUGUUCUGCGUCGAUCGAGAUUUGUAGACUGUAGAGGAACAUUCCUCGAGUUUUAAAGUUACGCUAGUCGAAUGGUGAAGUAGUUCUGCUUAUGGAUGACGGAAAAUAUUGGGUUUGCCUUUAUUGUCAGUCUUUCAUUCUUGCUGACCAAGCAUAUACAUAGCGUUAUCUCCUGCUAGGCAACAUUUCAGUUGAUUAAAAAUCUUCCUAGAUCGAUUUAAGAGUGCUGGAGCCUUCGUUUGUCUAGAACCGUAUUUACGUUUUUCCAAGUCUAGUUAAAGUUGUUUUUACCUUUUCUCCCAUGCACACCCUACCAAGAACACGUUAAUGACUCGUAAUUUGUUAUCGAACUCACAUUUUAUCUGGGUUUUGUUUAUUAUCAGGUACAACGGCAAAUAUUCACACCCUUUGCUUCAGCAGGGCUGACGAACUGGCAAAUCAGGCAAUUAGCUUGAAGUAAGUCGAUGCCCGUAUUAUGUUGUGCAUGUCCAUUCAGUAAAGUCUACAUCGCCUCUCGAUUACGCAUAUUCCCUAAAAGGGCUGUUGUCAAUAAAAAUAAGUGAAUACGCUCAGCAGGAGAGGCCUGACUUCGUUCCGACUUUUCCAGGUAGUGAAAUCGGUUGCUAAUUGUUAUAGAGUGAAGACUUUUGUACGUAGUUCGCAUUAUAAGACCCGUAAUUCGGUCUCACAUCCCGCAUGGCGUGUAGAUCGCCAAGAACGAUUGUAGGUGCAGCACGGGACAUCCGACCUGUUGUGGCCAAUGUAAUUUCGCUUCUCGUCGGUUGUCGCAAUAAUUGGUGGUUUCAACGGUUUGUCUGCUGCGCGUUUUCUAGUCUUCGCCGAUGUCGUACAUGCUCUUCAUAACUUGAUUGCCCAUACUUCACGCAGGCUUUCAUUUUAAUUCUUACCCUCUGUUAGGAAGCAGGCGAAGGUUGGACCAUUCUAUUCGCAAAGAUCUUCGUUGAAAACCUUUCCCCUAUGCGCGUGCACUUUUUGGUUGCUGAUUAUACUCGAAAAACGAAUCAAAUAACAACUUAUUGAUUGCAAAUAAACGCUUAAAAGCACUAGUAUGCCCUCGAUUCUACAGUAUUUGCAUGCGCUCAUCUUUUCUUGGUAUGCAAGAAACCGAAUAGAUGACUUAGUCUGUGGCGUCAGAGUUUGAUAUUGAUCGUUGGGUUACUCAGAAAAUGUUUAUUUCAUUAGGCUUUCCGAUUAUGUAGGAUUUUUGUGAACCCAGAAACACUAUAUUCACUUUAAAACACAAAUACUUUAAUAAACGUAUGAGGUCGUGCCAUCUUUAUAGGUGGUUCAUUGUUUGUCUUGGCAUAAUUCAGUCUAAUAAUUAGUUUGUUUGUCCAUAGUCGUCAAAUUCGUGUUUUCAUCGUCUAAAGUAGGCGGUCGGCGGUUGCACGCUCUUUCUGUUGUCGGAAUCUUUUACUGUUGCAUUUCUUCGAGUGGUAUCUGGGCCCGGAAGGAGGCAAGUGUCUUCGGGACCCGCCAUUGUCGUAACUGAAUUUCCUCUGUCACCUCUGACCUCUCCAAAUACAAUUCCGGGGUUUUCAUGUUUAACCUAUGACAGACAGAAACAGUUAUUUAAUAAAUCAUUCAGCUUUUAUCCGAAUGGAGGGACAAAAUCCAGCAUUACGUAACCAUGCUUUCGCUGUGCAAGUUGCCUUCCAAACGCCCUAAUCCUGUUGACUGGUGUGACUUUGUAUCACCCAAGCCAGGUUUGACUGCUCUAGUUUAAGAAUGAAGGCAUUCCCCUUUCGAUUUACUAGUUUAUACACACCAGUGGAAAUAUUAAUUACCGUCCAAGACACUAACGGGGUUUCUCACAAUGAAACAUUGCUUGAUUCUGGUAAAGUGGUAACAUUUCGAAAGGUAUCUCCGCAACAAUAAUUCGUCCAGUUACCGAUUAAAAGUACUAGCGGUCGGGAAUUCAAAUUCUUGAUGAGUUUUGGGGGUGCUUUUUUUCUUGGGGCUUCUAAGAGCAAAAUUUUAUCCAAGAGUAUACUACUUCACAACUUCAAAAAAUGUGACUGCUAAUGGUCUUUUGCGCGUGUUGAGAAAUCCGGGGCCUUUAUGGACCUUGCAACCUUUCCUACCGUCUUCCUGUCAACUUCUGCUGAUCAUGCAUUGCUUUUUUAACACUUUACUAUGCAGUAGCAUUCAAUCCUAGACUGUAGAACUUGGCACAUCUAGUCAACUUGGAAGUCUGCUACUGUUUGCCGAGACCAUCAUGUCUGAGCAUGUUUAUAUUGGGUUUUGUACCACUGCAGCACACUUCGUCGUUACUUGGAGCGGUCUUUUGGUUGAUAGUCGAGCGCGACUCACGCCUGACCUUUGGCAGUCGCAAGUUCUUUGGAGAGACGAAGUUGUUUGCCUAAUUGGUAGAAGCUAUAGUUCCAGUGCUCGAUAACCAACUAGAUCCGGGUUCCCAGUUCAUUCCUCUCAUCCUUUUUUGCCCGUACCCAUUGAUAUCGCCCAUUUUAAUCGAUCUACGUCAAUUGAUACAUGUUGCAAGGUCUGUUCAGAGCAUUAUAUUCGAAUUCAUUGGAUAGUCACCUAAAGGUUUUGAGAAAUAUGUCCAUCAAUUCGAAUAUUCGCGAUAGACAUGUUUGAAAACCUGACCUUUUUCCGUCCCUUUCCGAGCGUGUUACAAUGGUCAGGGAAAAGAUCAUCUCGCGCUUCCACUUUCUUUUGUAAUUGUGCGGUUAUUCUUUUCCUUCAAGAAGAUGUCCAGUCGGUUUCCACCAAAUUUUGUUAAAUUGGCUAUAUUGGUUCAUUCGACUCAUAUGCCCUGUUCACUGCAAGAACAGAUCCUGGAAAACCUUUUAAAAACACAUCAGGACUUGCACUUUUGAUGGUUCUUUAAGCAAGUCCCCAAAUUCGAAACCAUUCUUGUGUCAGCGAAACUUGCAGAAUCGUCUUUGAUUGAAUUUAAGUACAGGCGAUUGCGUAUAGCUUGGCACGUGACUUCGGUGGCCGCAUGAUAAUUUUUCUCCAAGUCCUCAUUAACCCUUUCUGAGUAAAAAAAGUGUUUGCGGCCGCACCAUGGUUUUCUUCCUGAAUAACAACAGCGCAGUCUGAGAACGGACGUCUCAGUCGCAUUAGUUACUUCUAUGCCUCAUGGUUAAUAAAAAUAGUUGUGCCGAAUAUGUUCCAAUUUUUGCAGCAACUGGAAGGCCGAAAAACAGGUUGGAACAUAUACUAUACAAAGCAAUACUGUUCUCACCCAAUCGCUUUUUAAUUACUAAAUGGUUGUUGUCGUGCUGAUUGUUCUGGUUUAUUUCUCUUUAAGAGCAUUAUGACAUUCCUGUAAAUAAUGUCAAUAUCUUGUUUUUUUACAUUAUGCUUUACCUCUCUCCCAUCUAGGGCAAGGAUGGCACGACUGGGCAGAGGGUGGACGGUGAGCUUGUACAAGAACCAGUCAGUCAUUGAGCCCGGUGGUCAUUGCUUUGUACUGGACAUGCUUAGCUCAACCGAGAUUCCGCAAGAUUGGCCCCUUCUCGCAGGCCUUGGCCACGAUCAAAACUUCCUCAUUACUGCGAUGGACCCAGAGCCCCUGGAUCUUGGGCCACCUUUCGAGGGGACACGGCGUGACAGUGAAGCUUACAAAUCCCUGUGAGUGUUUACUGUCUGGGCGGAUCGUGAGAUAUACUGCGUUAGGUCAAACUGUUUGUCAGCAUGUAAAAUAGAGAGGCAUUCAUUCUGCUAAGAAACGGCGUCUAGGCAACUGCGGAGACCUAGUUGUACCAAAAUUAUUAGAGACAAAGACAAGGGAAGUCGGAAUGCUCAUUUCUGACUCAUUUAAUAUGGUUAAGCCAAGAUACCAGAACCCCAACCAACGAAGAUCCCGGCUUUGAAACCAAUGCGUUUUGCCCUUUACCAUUAAACCAAACGUUUUACCGCUAAGCCAUGAUUCCGCGUCCCGCUGGUUUCGAUCAGGAAUGCUCUAGAUCAUUAAGGAUUGCUAAAUGGAAGGGAUCCUUUUUACUUUUCUUUGAAGCUCCAGCCUGAAGCCUCCACAAGCGGUCAUUUAACGACAGUUGAUCAAUAAUAUAAAGGAGUUGUAGGCACAAACACAGAGGACUGGAGUGGCCGUUCUUUCUCUUGAGAAGGAGAUACAGUUACUGGACCAGUAGCCUUUUUGGCCUGAUGUCUCAUAUUCACUCUCGAACCCGUCAUCAGAAACGGCAGCAAACAGAGAUUUCGAACGAUCAAUGUACGAACACUGUGACGAAUGCGGGGCCCGCUAAUCCUAGAAGGUGUGUUAGUGCGUCACAAGUGCAUCCUUGUGCUUCAACCUCUGUUGUUGUCUCUGCUAAGGGUCAGGGAGUGAAUCCAAUACAUCAGGAGAAUAAUGUCGUUGUUCUGUUGAUUAUAUAUCCGUGUUCUCAUCUACAUUCUGGAAAUGGCCUUCUGGCAUUUAUCAUCAAUCUGCACUUAUUUCCAGUCAACAGAAACGUCCAUUUUGCUCUGUGAAUCUGGACUACCUAUAUCUAUUUGCUGUCACAUAAUUGAAAUUUAUUGUCUUUUUUACUUAUUCGUCGCGGUUUUCCUGCUCUCAGUUGCGUAAGAGCCUGAGGGGCAAAAUUCAGAAUAUGCCUGGUGUGGCAAAUAUAACUACGUGUUGCACGCUAUGGUAAUUUCAAGUAUUCUUACUUUUGUUGCUUGAACCGACGCCUUUUUACAUUACUUAUUUCCUUUAUGUAUGCUCUGCAAUCUCUAGACGCGUCUCCAAACGAAAUAUGCAAAUGCGAUAUCCAACUCUUGACCGACAACAUCAGCGACAUGGCAGGAGUUCCUCUUCUUCCAGGUUAUUUUAAUGAGACAACUUGUGCAAAAGUGCAUUUCCUUACGCUACCUCAAGUUUCAAUUAAUCAUGAAGUAUGCCGUUUGAUGCCUCUCAUCUCGUCUAUUUCAGGAUCAAUAUUUUGACCGUAUGAAUGAGUAGUACUUUUUCUAUGGCGAAACAUCUUUUCUUUUUUUAGAAACGUGAUUAAGUGGGGCACAAGCAUGCCAGAGGAUGACUACGUUGCUGAUGGUACCUGGUCUCGGAGGGUUGGUGGCACUCUUGCUUCCUCGAUUCACGGCGUUCAGGAAACAACGGUGAGACAGUCCCCUUCCCCACCCUAUCCACGCUUUUUGUCCUUGACUUAUUUCUGUGGAAGGUAUUGAUGAAAUGGGUCAUCUGGAUUGAGUAAGAAACGUUUUCCUUGUCCCUCUCUGCCAUAACGCAGUGAAGACAUCUCAGUGGCCCCAUAGGUAUUCAAUCUAGGAGAAACAGCAGUCUCAUCUCUCUGUGCUGUCUCCUACCCAUCCACCUCCAUUAAUUUAAACUAAAUACAGAGAGCUCCGAAAAUCGGUAAAAGGAACAUACGAGUCAUCAGGAACAAGCCUCGAAAAAUAUAUCGUGAUUAAAUACGUGUUUGACUACGAGGGAAACAAGCUCCAGAUGAAAGCCCUUUGUGCACACAUGUUUUCUAGGCUUAUGGCGACUCGUGAGCAAGGGCUGGAGCGACAGUCCUUAUCAGUCUGCCGACUAAUUCCUUGCCCUCGAAGUCUGCCCUUAUUCGCUCACAAGUGAACUAGUUCCCCUUGGUAAAGGUAAUGACAGAUUGUUUAAUAACGGUUUUGCUGUACUACUUAUUUCGUUUGCGUAGAUAGUUAUAUUUAAGUAAUUGUGAUUCGGUGAGCAACAGCGCACAGUGAGACUUGGGGUGCGCAACACGUCAUCAGGCCCGGCUUUAGUAAACAGAAGUGAAGUUUAGGGCCAUGUAGCUAACUAUAAACUUCACGGUUGAUUAAUUAAAUCGGACUUGAUUCUCGGCUGUGCACUUUACGUUCCACUCUGCGUCAUCACUCCGAGGGUCACGAAAAUCUAUAUAACUAUUUACGUAAACGGAGCAACAUAAGAACUCCUUAAGCGUUCGGCUACUAUCUUUAUCAAUGGAAAGUAGUUCACUUGUGCGGAUAUACGGUCAGACUUCGGGGCAAGGAAUUACACCCAAUCACAGCCAGCUUUUGCGUGAAGAAAGGCAUGUGUUUUCAUGAGGUCCGUUCAUACAGCGCCGUGGCAAUUCUGAGAGGGAUUAACGAGCUCAAAUAAAUAAGCAGCGCUUGAUCGAGAUUGUAACUGUCGCACAUCGUCGAUACCACGCUUUCAAGAGUUUGUGUUUUUUUCCACGCAACUCUGAUUCACCCCAGAUCCCCAAGAUUAGUAUCGAAUUAAUUAAUUUUAGAGGAGGGUGAGAUUACUGCAUCUAACCCCCUAUCCUCGUCACCACCGUCUCGAGAAUAAACACUCCAGACCAUAUUAUGCUCUUGCUACACCAUCGUCUUUUCCACCCCCAUCGGAGCGAUAUCUUGAAAUAUGGUUUACGCAAUAGGUCUUGUCAUGACCAAUCAAAACAGUACGUUCGUUUCAAACGGACUGCAUUUUGCAGACUUGAAGAAAAAAUUGUGCCUGCUGAAAUGAGUGCCGGCAGAAACAAUGGGGAGAAGAUGGCCAUUUCUGCCUUAUCGACCGUCGUCAGCCAUCCUUAUAGAAAUGCAGGCUUUGCCGCACCUGAGCCUCAAACCUACGCUUUUGGUCAUCGAGCGUUAUUAAAUCCUACGCUCUACCACUUUCUUCAAAUGAGAUCUGUCCAAUCCAUUAAAGGCUCUAUUAAAACACAUGCUUUAUUUGGUAAGUAUUCAUAAAAUGCUCGAAUGCACUCGAUAGUUCACUGCGUUUUGCACACUUCCCGUCAUCUUCAUUAUAUACUCUCUAUGUUCAUGCGUCUCAAUCCGUAGAACAUGCGAAGGAACCACGUAAAUUCCGCUUCUAACGAAACUGCUUGGUUACAAGCCGUCCGAAAAAUGGCUGCCAAGAGGUUCGACCCGCCACGUCCACGGGCAGUGCGCUCGGCCUCCCGUCGAACUCGGAGUUUCAAGAAGCCCUCAAAGGCGCAACUGCCGAGCGUAACCCCCGUCCCGGGAUUGGCUGACGGUGAACUAGAUCUAGGAUUCGCCGAUACCGAUCAGGGCGCUGUCGGUCCUCCAGUGGGGCUUGGGACUGCACCUAUGGGCAGCGUUAAUGGCUACCCUCCGCACGAGAUGCGAUACCUCUCCUACAAACAUUCUCGGUGGUCGCUUCGAGUUCGAAAGGAAGUAUGUUUUCACGUUUAUAUCUAUUAAUAUGCCUGCAUGUUGUUAGUUGGAAUCUAAACUUGCAUAAAAUCACCCUUAAAAAUCUCCUUCAACCGAUCUAAGCAGUGUUAAUAGCUAACCAGGUUGGCACAUAUAUGAUACUGUGAUGCAUCCAGAGAUGACUCCGUUAAGUCAAAUUAAAAUCGAUUCCUUCCAAAAGAAUGUCGGGGUAAUAGGAAAAGUAUUAAUGGCAAUGUCUCAUGCUAAAUCUCACUGUUCCCCGGCUUAAGCUUUCCAAAUAUCAGUAUAAAUACGCCCUGGGAAGUAUCAAAGCGUUUUUUUAACUUUAUGUCUAGAAUUCUGCCUAUUAGGAAAUUUAAACAUACGAACAUUUGAUUUCAACUACUGUCCACCUCUGUUCGCCAUAGCUUAUCACUCCGUUGGAGAAACUUGCCCCCAAACGGGUUCUGGACUUAGUCUUCUGCCAAAUCGUCGGCGAUGUGCUUGAAAAUGUUACUGCCCGUUUGAGACCGGCAGACGUGCGAAGUCUGCGCGAAACAAUAGGUGAGUACCAGAAUUAUGGUAUCCGAAGUUUCAGUUUUAUUGUAUGCCAGUUGGUUAUUUAUGAAAAUUUAGUAGCAAUGCAAGUUACCGUUAAAUUUAUUUCUUUGUUGAUGCUCUGAAUUUUGUAGGCGAAAUUACUCUAAACAGUUCGGUCAAUCAGCUCCUCCUGCUGCCGUCAGUUACAAAACGCAUGGUCAUCGAUGCCGCCAGAAAGUGUCCAUUCUACUUCGGCCGCUUUUAUUCCAUCGAAGUAAGUUCGCUUGAGCUACGACUAAGGUGAAUUACUCUCCGUUGUUCGAAUGUGUUCAAUCAUGUUGUUCUUCUAUUUGCGGAAAAAUCUUUUGGUUAAAUAUCUCUCGGAGAUCAAGCUGAUUCAGUUUACGAACUCAAAUUUGCUCAUAUUCGUUUAUCGAAAAUUUCAUCAUUUAGUGCUCGUUACACUGGGAUCUUCUAAAGUACAUUAUACGCAGAACUCUAUGGCUAACCCGAAAUAUUAAUUCCAAUCCUGAAAUCAGGAUAGGGCUCUGAAGGCGACCUUGAAUUGCAUAGGCCAGGCAACAACCCCAACAGAUAGAGAAGCCACUUUUUGCUACGGUAAUAAGUUUGAUAUAUUAGGACAGUGGUUCGCCUGUUACCCAAAGACGGGGAAGAUAUAAACGUUCUUUUGAUAUUACGCUUUUUACAAGUCCAUACCAGUGAAGCAGAGUAACGUAAGGUCAUCCAUGAGCUUGUUUGACAGCGCCCCCGCUUUUCUGUGAAGCAAUUUAGUGUCAAUCUUCCAGGAUUUAGCUCUCGUUACCAAGUAGUCCGUUAUACACAAACUGCGGAAUGUCAACUACCUAACUGUCGAAUACAUCAGGCGGCUCUACUUACACUUUUUGUCCAUUUAUACUAUAUCUUCGGAAGCGUAGCUGGGCAUUAUUGGCAGCAGUAUUUGUCAGUUGUUCGCAUGCACGCUUCUAGUGCAUAGGCAUAAGCUUACUUCGCUCUCGGGGAUCCCAUAGGUCUCUUAGUACGUUUGACAACUUACUGUUUGACAGGCAUACAGUGAGGUCGUUUACCUAAACAUGCUCUCCUCUUAUAUCCAAAAGCCAUACUUUGUCUGCUUAUAUAUCUCUAUUAAAUUACUUCCUUCUCCUCCUGAAAUAUUGGUAUAUAAAACUUUCUUCUAGCUGAUGGAUGGGCCUAAGAAAUCGCGUGUUUGUCACUGGGCCGUGGUCGGACAGAAUGCUGUGCGGUUUGUGCGGCAGAAGAAGAACGAACGGGCUCUGGAGGUAAUCUCAGAAGUGCCAUUAGCUGAGCUGGCUCGCUGUGACGUGAAAUAUCUCCAACGGCCUGUGAACAUGCCCACUCGACAAACGGCUGGUCAGAAACUUCUUAUCAACGUCAAAGGCAUUCGGGAUUCUCAAGAUUCCAACCACCUAACAAUUGUAGACACGUCUGGACGGUCGUAUGAAAUGUAUUGCCACUAUGUAUGUUUAUCCUUUUUGUGUGAAAUACUGUGCUGCACCUUAAAGACUACUGUCCCAUCAAAAACGUUAGACUACACAGGUUCCUGAGGUAUUUACUGGUUGGAUUUACGAGAUGUUCUUUUAUGUAGGACAGAAACCAGUGUCAUUCGCAUGAUAGUUUCUGUUGGGAAGUUUUGGAAUGUGGUCGGUGAAUUUGAAAUGUGAAUUAGUGCUCAGUGACUCCAACGGAAUGCGCCCGUGCAAGAUAACCAGACAGACAGUUUCACCCACCCGUUAGCUGCGUCAAUAGCUCCUGGCCUGCUGCUUUGCGUUGUUGACCGCUGUCUUACAUUCCAUGUCAGACAGUGGGUUCGCCCUUCGGUUCCUUUGCGGACUGCUUAUAUCCGUCAACACUGACCGUGCAGGAUAUGAAAUAUGCAGCCGACUGAUCGACUCUUGGGCAGGGAGGGCAUACUCAACAGUGGUAAAAAGAACGGUAAAUAGUGCCAAACACUGAGAGUAGUGGGUCGGUACAGCAGGUCUUCUUGUUCAUGUGAUAGAGGAAUAUUUGCAGUCUGUCGGCACCUAGUCUUAACGCGGCUUGUCAAAGGUUUUCAGUUCACUACUUACUCACGUGUCUAGGCCUUAUCCCGAAUGCCUGGUUUCCGCGUUAUUUCCCUUUUUUCUUCCUAGGCCACGGACAUGAAACGUCUCGUCGAUAUAUUCGUUGCUGAGCACAGGGUGAGUCCUUUUUUAUCUUCUACAAUGUGUUUGCACUUCUUUCACGCGCGCCUAAUGCCCACGCAAUAUCUGUUUUCUGGGAGAUCUAACUAACUGUAUGAUAAUACCGAUCUUGCAAUUUAGCAUAAUUCGUUUUGUACUAUUUUAGAUAAAGAGCGAAAACUCGCAGCGAAAGUCCUACACACUAAGUAAGCGACAUGAGCUGCGAAGACUUUUGAUUUUCCCUCGGAGCUUUCCUUCUCGAAUCUGGGUUGCUAUGUGAUUUCAUUUCACUAUAAAAGCAAUAAGCUUGGAUUAGAUAGUUGCAUGUUAACUUCCACUUCCAGAUAUUCAAUAAGUUUACUGGAUUAUUUCAUUUUAAAGGUUACCUCAACACUUUUGGUUGUAAGUAUAAGAGAAGGAACCUUCCUGGGAAAUUUAGGGCCACUUACUCCUAUAUGAACUCCUGGAAAUUUAAUAUUUUAUUGACCGGAGUUCUGCUUUAAUUUCCUGACUGGAUUUCCCCAAUUAAUUCCCGUAAUUGCACCACAUGUUAGCCAGAAGAGCCUGUCAACGAAGUUGUGGCUAAGGGUCGUCAUAAAAUUGAAAUGUUAGAAGUCUCAACACAAAAGUUCGGGAGGGUGUGGAUUACACUGUCUACUGCUCACAAUUUUGGUCCUUAAACACCAACCGAAGUUUUAACACACUAGUCUGAGGCUUCGCUCCUUCUAUCGAAUACUGCCUUAUAUUGAUGGAGCAAUUUUCCGUGACAUUAUAUGAUGAUGAUAACUGCGAGUCAAGACCUUUCUCCGAGAAAAUUCGAUACCAUUAGUAUGUAUGCUUAGUUUUAGCAAGUCUCGCCUUGCACAGAUGUGUAACAGCUUGCAUACUGAUAAACUACAAGUUGCAAACAACCUUUAUCUCGGCUACAAAUUGUGAUAGUACAUCUUAAUUUUAGCUCCAGACUUCUUGCUUUGAAUGCUGGAUGGAGGUCCGAACCUACUUAGUUUCUAGUGUCUUUGUCAACGUAGGCUAAGCUAGUCAUGAUUUUUGCCCACUGCGGGUGCGUGAACAGUAUUCAGUAACACGGCUUGUUCGGAAUGCGCGACCGCAAAGUUUUCAUCUCUUAGAAAUCUCUAAGCGAAUCCACUGCCGUCCUUUGUGCUUAUCGACGAUGAGCGCAAAGGGCACUAAUAACUCCACCUUUCAUGCGAUAGUCCAAUGUCCCAGUACACGGUAGGAUGGGAUUUUAUUCAACGGUGCGUGAACUUUUAUCUGGCACCUUGUUUUAUUUUGAGAGACCUGUGAUUUUGAAAUAAGAUAAUUCCCUUAAAAUAUCCGUCCACUAGAAACCAAUUUUAUUUAUGCUGCCCUAACUCUAGGUGCCCGCAAGAGGGAAAAAACUUACGACGAGUACCUCUCGGACUCAAUGUCCGUGGUUUCGUACUUGUCCAGUCACACAGACGCCGUGGAGUGCCUUGUUCCCUACGCAAAGCAGUACUUUAAGGAAAGGUAAGUGGGUUCAACUCAGUAGUCUUUUACUACAGUGUCCACCGUUUCGAGUAUGAAUCCAGCUGCCUCCUUCUCCCUUUUUAGGAAACACUUCGGCAAGCAGCUUUCAUGGCAGAACCAGCCCUUGAAAUAUGGCUCCCUGCUCAAACACAGUGACACGGAAAUUGUUGAUGCAGCCUCCCGAAUUUUCGAAUGUAAUUCACCUGUCGUAAAGCAUUUCAGUAUAUUUCAGCAUGUCUUGAGUGUUAUGAGGCCCAAUUUGGGCACAUCCUUUUUUAGUAAUUAGGUGUAUUUAUACCCAGCUGGCUUAGCUUGGACAGAGAGGGAGAGUAAGCCUGAUCUGACUCUAGUAAGGUCGUUAUUUUCGUCACUAUCGCCUGCCAAACGUGUCUUUUGACUAAUCACCACAUGCUUGCAGUUGUGGCUUGGAGCGUUGCCAAUCAACGAUAUACCUCGACCCUCGUAAGGCCUAGUUACUACGACUCAUGUUGGAUGGGGCCUUUGCGGCACUGUCCCCACUAGAGACCGACUCAUAUAGCGUCAGGAGGCAGGCCGCACGUGGCCCGCGUAGACGAGCCGUUUGAUGCUGUCAGCAACGGCGCCCGCAGGCAUCUUCAGUUGUCUUGGCUUCUUCUUCUUCUUGUCCUUCGAACGCGGUGGGUGGAUGCGAUCCAAGACUGUUCCACUGUUGCCACAAUACACGCGCCAGUGGCGGGACAAUGGUGGAUUCUGUCGGUGCUGUCCGUCACCUGUCGACAAUAAAGCAUUUAUACCAAACUACCCUUAUAAACGCGUUACUUACACUAUUUAUGGAGUAUGGUGGUAGUAAAUGCGGUAUCUUUCCUUUAGCGAACUGGUAGUUUCAUACUGUUUUGUAAAUUCUGUUAGGAUUCACUGAGCUUCUUGUUUCAAUAUGGUCGAGCAAUUUGCUGGUCGGAUUAUAGAUUAUGUUGCCCAUCCCUUGCAUUCCGAUCUUAUUUCUGCAAAAUCUUCCCGCCCGAUGCGCCGCAGCUUCCGACUUAUGUCUUGUUAGACAUCGACUUUCCGAGCUUCUGUAUUGCCAUUCCAGGCGCGCUAUCUUACGUGUGAAGAGAUAGAAAUACAGAAUCUAGGACUCGAACUGUCCCCAUAAUAAUCGUCCCUUUUGUGUUAAUUUUUUGACCCGGGAAUAAUCUAUUAACUUAUUUACUAUCCAUAGUGAAUGGAGCCCAUUUUUGAUGAAAAUUUUGAACUUAUGAUUUCAAAAUAAAGCCAAUUCCUUUCUCUCCCUUAGCCAUCCUAGAAAUAUGUCAGGACCGACCGACAACGAAGACUCCAGUAGCACAUGUUCAGAAAAUCCUCAAGGUAAACCCCUUGGAUUGAAUUCGUGAAAAUUUUGAAUACGUGGGCCGCAGCAGGCCUACUACUGAAAAUGUCAGAAAUCUUAUGUUUUGAGUUUCAUCAUAAUUAAUUACUUUGUAGUUGGCGAGACGUUACCCCAGCCUAGAAGACGAAGUCUUCUGCCAGCUGGUGAAACAGUCUAACAAGAACGAUAGCGAAAACCCGUAAGUUCGAUUUCCGUUAUUUUAACAUGAUGCAAAGGAGAAAUUUCAAAUUCACAUAGGCGUAUUCUGACGGUUCGUUGCGUUGAUUUGUCAACCCCAAGAGUUCUGGAAAUCAUUAAAUAAUUCAGAGCGCACGCAACAACUUCAAACAUAUAAUACUCAUUGAGGCAUUUUAUAACUGCAUUCCCUGUUUCCAAUCAUUUUUUCCAUUUCUCUCUCUCGCUCUGUGUAGAGAUUCGUUGAACACAGUCUGGAAGUUAUAUGCCAUCUGCAGUAUGUUUUUGACCUGCUCGCCAGAACUGAGGGCACAGUUACAGGAGCAUGCAAAGUCCGUCACGCUGCAGAGCAUCAGCGAACAAAGUGAGCUUUUCGAUUUUGCAGUCCGAGGCUGUGAGCAGGGCUGGAGUUAUUUUAAACUUCUGCUUGAAUUAAGCCGACCCAAAUGUCUGUUUUAGCCCUUGCAGCGACAGUUGCCGCGAAUAUCGAAAAAGUUCGAAAGUAUGGACGGCGGCAGAAUUUGCCUUCUGAUGUUGAAAUCGAAUCCUACUUGGUAUGCUCGCCGUCACAUUUCCUCUUUAGUUUUCCAACUUUUUGCGCUUGUUGGUAGUUGCUUAGAUUACUACGACUGGCCCCAUUUAAAAAGCUGACUUCUCUAAAGUAGCUAAUAUCUGUUGCUGAUUUAUGUUUAAUUUUAUCUGUUCGGCUACUUUGUUGCCGUCUAGGUCCACUGACAUCUCACCUCUAACUGUCCGCCUCAUGAACCAGCGGUUUUUAAAAAAAGACAAUUACCGUAAAUCGGAUUUAAAAUAUUAGUAGGUUGAAGCAUUGUUUUCCCGGAAGAAUUUUGAACAAGGCAAAGACGGCAAAACAUACAAAAAUCUAAAUACGCAACGACCGUGUGCAAUUACAUAAGAGGUCACGAAAUUUAAUUACGUCAAUGUUAUUAGAAUCUUUGAGGUCCUAAGUUGGCGUAGUUAGUGGUUAUAGCAACUACUGUUUUUGAAUUGAUAUUACACGUACCUUAAACAAAUUGUUUCGUCUUAGGCAUCGGCUAACUCGGAGAUUCGCGCCAAAGCGUUAUUUCAGGGCCAAGUAAUUACUUCAGUAAUAUCGUGCUUCCUACCACCACUGUCCCGCUAUCACAUCACCCAGCAAGCGCAUUCAGGUGGAUGCAGUUUGAGCAACCGAGUCAUCAUGCGAGCCCAUAUCUGGAGAUGCGACGAUUUGAAAUCCUGCCACCCUCCCCGCCCUAUUCCCAGGCCAAGUGCGCACACCUGUUCCUCCCCCACCACAGAUUCGUGUGGGGGACUCUUGUCGUGUUUUCCUUGAAAAGCCGAAACGUUGUUAAGCGCACUGCGAUAUAUGACCCCUGCCGCCUCCCAUGAACCAUGCUUUUCCUGUCCUCUUCGGGGUGGCCUCAGUGGUUUCCAUUUCAGUCCCCCCUUACCCAACUUCACCCCAAGCGAAUGUCCCCAAUUUAGCGCACGCAAGCGUCUGUGUACAUUGUUUACGCAACUUCGGUGGUCCUAUCGUAGAUAUUCGGCGUCACAGAGGCCUCAUUUCCACCCUUCAAUGACGAAACUUCCAUUCGCCGCCUCCAUAAACCGCCAUUCCCUUCGUCAGUAGUACUAAAAAGUUGGGCAUGAAACUUCCAAAAAUUGCCUCCAAGGCACUCGUAUGCAUCGUCCAGUCGACUAAGGAGGAAUGUGCAAAAAGGUCCACUCUAAAAGAUUUGUUCUUUUGCGUGUAUCCUAGGCCGCCGCCUCCUUUGAGUUCAUGUUCAGUAUCCCCACUGUUAGCCUGCUUAAUGGCUUGACAAUUGCUGUCCGAGCUCUGGUGGUUCUACCGCUGUGCUUGAGAUAUGACCUCAUGCAAAAGCCCGAGUAGUUUCACGUCAGCAAGCAAGAUCAAAGAACAUUACUACCAAUCAUUACAGUUACCCCAAGCCGGUAAAGUGUCUCUAACCCCCUAGUCGACCCAGCGAAACUCAUCUGUUAGUCUGUACGUCUCUUAACAGCACGGAGCAAACCCUUCUCUUCCCGACUUGACGGGCCGUCUCGAGCAAUGCAGUUUUUUUCAAGCUCACCAGCCGCUUAAUGCAGUGGUUAUUGAUCGACAAUUCAUUGGUUAGGCCGUGUCGGCUUAAAGAAUAGUAAUCAAAAGAUCUAAAGUAAAAUAUGUGGUGCUUCUACUGAGGAAAAUAGGGCACUGAUGAACACGAGAAGAUUUCGUAAAGAACACGUAGCUCAGAGUUAGAUGUUUUGAACGCAUCUUGGUUCCUUAUCGGGGCAUGGAAAUCCUUGGCAGUAUGAUACAUAUCUAUGCAUGAAGAUUCGAGGUCGAAAUAUCUUAUCGGGUUUAUCGUCUCCCCGAAGAAGGAGAAAAGGCGAUUUCCUAGACCAAGUUGUAUUCAUACUGACGUUCCAGAAUUAUGCUCGUUCCCUUCACUAGAGAAGUGUGCUGACUUCUUCUGAUGGCCCUGAUUUGUUCAGCCUUGCCGCCUGCCUUGAUGCACGUGCUCUGGCCUGUCUGUUGACUGGUUCUGGCCUCUUUGAUGCCGACCAUUGGCGGACUUUCAAGGCACCGUUAGAUUCAACCUUCCCCGACUUACAGUUUACCAUUGAGGAUGAGUUAAACAAUCAUUUGCCCUUCCUUGACGUACAAGUUAAAAAACUGGCAGACGGGAAAAUAAAUGCGGCAGUCUAACGUGAGGUAGUCAACACUAAGCGCAUCCACAACUUCAGACGCAAUCGCCCCGUCGGUUACAAACGCAAUUUUGUCAGAACCCUCCUCCAACGCGCUUAAAGGCACAGUAGUGACGACAAUGGGAGGUAGAAAAAGAUGAAGUACUUAUGUACCCCAUUUGAGGCCAACGCUUAUCCGAAAUCUUUCAUGCUCAAGUGUCUCAGAAAGCCCCACUCUGUGAAGUUGAGCAAGGAAAAGCCAAAGUUUUCAUUCUCGAUCCCUUAUGUGAAGAACAUUUCAGAGGCAAGAAUACUGAAACCUUGCGGUAUUGGUGUGGCUCAUAAACCGGCACCAACAAUCUCAUGAAGCUCAAAGACCCACUACCAAUGACAGAACAAUCGGCGGUCGUCCACAGCAUACCAUGCCAAGAUUUUGACGCAAGGUAUAUUGAUGAAACGGACAAACGUUUCGGUACACGAUUUCACGAGGACCAGCUUGGUCUGUGACUGUACACUACAGCAAAAUCACAAUUUUACCCUUGAUAAAGCGAGGGUAAUCAGCCGAUCCAAUGAUAAAGCGGCCAAACUGAUGCUGGAUAGUUGUUUCUCGACUGGCACACUUAGCUGAGCCGUGGACCUCCAUCUCGCCUACCACGUGCUCAGCACAAAGUUUGAGUCAGUGCAGUCAGGCCAAUAGAACGGGCGAAAAAGUCGCGCGAGGUUGACAGCCGACGUACGCAGAGUAAAGAGGAAGUGCCGAAAGGAUGUCACGCGGGCGGCAUUGCAUACUACCUCACCGACGCACCCGUGAGGCCGAAAGCAGCAACGACUGAUCAGCUCGCCGUCUGGCUAGAAGGAGGCCGACAUGCACGCUAACUUAGUGGCAACCACGACUGCUGCGAAGGUGACGUAAGUAACGGAGACCGCCAAUGUGGCCAUCGGAGAGGCCAGGACCAGCCAACAGGCAGGCCAAUGAGCGUGUGCCUAGCACGGUUCUUGUACGAGGCAGGCGGCAAGGCUGAGCAACUUAGGGUCAGCGGGAAAAGCCAGCACGCUUAUCUGAUGGGAAAGAAAGAGUGUCUAAAAUGUCAGUAUGAAUACAACUUGGUCUAUGAAAUCGCCUUUUCUUCUUUUUCGGGCGUCGAUAAGCGAUAUACAUAUAUAUAUUGAGAAGAAAAGGCGAUCUCGGGAACCAUAGUUUUACAGUCCUGACGUUUCAAAAGCAUACAAGCUUCCAUCGUCGGAGGUGAGUGUGGUAUCGCGCCUCACAGUAUUUAUAGGUGGGUGACAGUCAUGUCAAAACGGGUUUUCUUACAUAUGAAGUCAGGGCGGCGGGGGGGAAGGGGCGGGGGGAGUCCUAAAGCGUCUUUUCGCCGGAUGAGGGAGUGGUGGAUCAGCUUUAGUGGUCAUCAGCCGCAUGCACACAUGAACUGUGACGGGCGGGGGGGAGGGAGGGGGGGUGACGGAAUGUACUCAAUCCACAUCGGAGGCCGGUGUUGAGACGUUGGUGGUCGUCGUUCGUACCUUCAUUGACCGUAGCUGUCAAGGCAUAUAUAUGGUAAAGGGACGCUCACCGAUCGCUUUACGGAACUCACUCGUCCCGUUGUGCCUACGGUUCUCUCUCGAGUCCAACCAACCGCCGCACAGUGGCGCAGGAUAUAGGCAGAACAGAAUUACCGACAAAGACAAGGGAGACUGGAACGGUCAUUUCUGCCUUGUUGACCUUCGUCAGCCAGUCAUACCCAACCCGAAGUGGACAUAUGUGUGCAUGUGUUAAGAAACGGGCAUCUCAAGAAUUUUAAUUAGAUAGAAUAAGUCCCUUAGGAAAUCCGACAAGAUGUAUUCCGUAAAUGUUCGACACCGGUUCCCCAGGUCGCCGUCAGACAUGUGGCAAAUAUGCAAAACAGUCAGCACUUUUAAAGUGCCAGAACCGAUACUGUUCUUUAAUUUCUGCCAAUAAUUUAUGGUCUCACCUCCUCAUGGCCAGUUGAUGUUCGUGUAUGCGUGUAGAGGUCAACUUUCCUGUUUGACCACAGUGCAGUGCAUUGUCACACAGAAUCUUGUAGACAACCUCUUUCUUAUCAAACUAACUAACCCUGUUGUUAGGGUCUGCGGGCUGGUUGCAUAAUGUGGUCGCCGGCUUGUUCGCCACUUGUAUUUGAUGUCUCCUCAAGUGUCUUUCAGCGAGCUCUGACACGUUUUUAAUGUACGGAAGUGUUCUCCAGGUCUUCCGUUUGGGCGCUUGACUGGAACACAUAUAUGUACUGAUAUUUGGUUGAAAUUGCUAACUUUUUUUACUCCUUCGAUCUCUAAAUUAUGUAUAUGCAGGAACUAGACCGCAAGAAAGGUAGUGUUUUAUAUGUUCAAAACUGAAAAUGACCGUUCGGUGAUAAUCACUUUGAAGUAAAGUCAUCAAAUUUUCCAAAUGGCCAAACAAUUUCGGCCCAUUUAAACGAAGGAUCGUCUGUGUACGCUAAUACUGCACUUUAGGGCACGAGUGCGUGACCUCGAGGAACUCUCGGCCUUUCUUAAAGGGCAGAGAGCAACAGUGCGAGUUUUGUCCCAUAAGAAGGUGUGCCCGGUGUCCAGUGUGUGCGCGGCUACUUGGAACAUGUUGUCCCGUCUUUUUACUGCUCCUGAAUGCGUUAUAGGUAGACUUUCCAGUCUGACCACAAUAAGUGGCACCACAUGCAUCAUAAGGGAUUUUGAAAACGACUUCUUCCUUGUCCAGAUAACUAAUCCUAUCCUUAAGGUUUACAAGCUGAGUGCGUAAAGUAUUGUCGGUUUGCACGCCAUGUUAAUUUGGUGCUUCCUGAGGUUUCUUCCGACGAGUUCAGACGCAUUUUAGUCUAAGGAUGGGUUCGUCAAGUAUUUAGAUUUGAGCUUCCUGGUUCCUCUGUCUUCAAUUCUUGCUGUCUCGUGCAUCGGCGUGCAAAAUCCUUCGGCUACCCAUUCUAUGAUAAUAUUUCACACAAGUAAUUUAGUUAGGCUCGAUAGCCUUCUUCUUAGCAUUGUCGCUGUCUGUCCUUUCAAAAAAAGGCGGAGAGCUCCUCGAGGUCAUGCACUCAGAUGAAUCGAGCAUCAACCGGCAGAUCGAGUUGGAUGCUUCGUACGAAAUCGCAAGAGGAAAUGGAAGAGAUGAGAGCCAAUCAGAACGGACUGACACACAUGGUGGCCGGUUACUGGCGCAAAUGCUAAGCCGGAAAGAACGCAAUAUGUGGCCUAACUUUGCUAUUACUAAUUCCUGCGUAUUGAUUCUUACGAGAGUAGUGUUGUUUAAUUUGGAUCACUGAUUUCCUGACGGCGGGUUGUUGUAGCCAAUAAGAAAAGCAAGGGAGACUCGAAUAGCUAUUUCUGGCGGUAAGGAUCGGGUGAAAGCAUCCAAGCAUCUGUGGCGCACAAGGAAUACCUUCUAUACUUAUUUAAGUAAGUUUUAGCCCAACACGAUUAUUUCGGUUUGGUGUUUCAUCUUACAAGGUUGGGUCGUUUGUUGUUGACGGUCUGUUGCAUUAUCUAUAAUGACCUCAGUUCAGAGAGUUGAUAAGCGGUCGUUGUAGACUCUUAAUGUUCUUUUUUCAAUUGUCCUGCUUAAUUUCGGUUGCCAUAUGUCAAUGCAUUAAAACUUUUCCGUCCGAAAAACGAACUUACCGAUUAUCUAUACUUAUUUUGCUAUUCCUGUAUGAAUACAUAGGCCCCGCCCAUAAAACCCCUAUUACCACCUUCCCCGUAAGACAGGCACCUUUGGCUAGUCGCGGUUGUUUGGGGGCCUUCAUCCAAUCCUUGACUUUCUGGCUUAUUGGCUGUCCCUAGCCAGCCUUACUCCAACCCACGUGAGCAGCAACUAGGUCUCUAUCUCGUGUUCUUUGGCUAUCGAACGGUUCUAAGUCCAACGGUCUUCUAAUUGGACUACGGGUUCGUUGUCCUGUCGGUAACGAUCGGGAGUAUAAACUAGGCUGGGACUGCGUUCACCGAUUUGGUUAGGGGACAUGCUUGUCCUGUGUGUGCAUUUCAGUGAAUUUGUGGGUAAAAGGCGGCUUCGAAAACUGUAUGCGUGCACAAUUUCCAGUAGUUAGUUACAGGUUAUUUACAGGGGCUUUAGUAAUGCUCAUCUAAUACUUUGUGUCGUUUUUCCCACAUAAACGAGACGAAUGCGGUCUAGCGCCUGAUAGCCCACUGGGUGUCGGGGUCAUAGCCAAGAGUAUUAUGGAUCUUCUGAUCGCAGUCUUUUGCCUGAUGUUCGAUAGCGUAUGCAAUUUGAAAUUGGACUACAACCCAUCAGGAAGAGACGCUCUGAAAAUAAUAACAUUUCGACUUGUUGCAUUAUGAAAACUCUUGUGGGUAACUGGUUUACGCAGCAUUGGGUAAACACAUCCACUUUCAUAGUCGUAAGUCGUUGUCGUCGAAUCCUACCUUACAUAAUCUUCAAAAAGUUUGUUCAAGCCCCCCUUCUGAAGGCCCUCUGGCCGCUUCACUCAAAUAAAUCCAACCGAGGUACAGAAGAAGGCGUCUGUUGUUCUCAAAUCUAUGGAAAGUGUGCGGUUUUUCUUACACGAAUAACGUAGCGCAUUCCAAUUAAGAUGCCUUCCAAGCAAGUUUCCACUCCCCGCAAAGUACCACUUCCUUUUUCGUCUUAAUGUAGCGAGGCGAAAUGACACGGAAGCACAAAAUCAAUCUGCCUGCACGUUGCGUGACUUCUGUGAAUGUGUCGCCCAUGUCCCUGGUAGGCGAGGUCUCAUGCAUGAUCGCUGAUCAAAUGCGAAUUACAACCACCAAGGAACGCCUCGAAUUCACUCUUUUCCAAAUGCCAACGACGCCCCUGGAUGGUACGUUUAGCUUAUCUGACAAAGAGAGGCGCUUUUACCAACAAGCUAGUAGAUGAUUGGUUUCCUUUGACACCUACAGUGGGUUUGAUCUUUUUAAGCAUAACUUUUUAAAACAGGCUUUACUUAAUUUAGAUUUUCAUAUGAACUAGCAUGAAACAGAAUCUCAGGUUACUCUACACAGGCUUGAAUGUUACCUUUACUUCAUCAUUUGUUCACCUACCUGCGUCAAUCACGCUGUAUGCUUAGGUGCAUUCAAUCGUACUUCCUGAAGGCGAGGUGUAGUCACGUAACACACCUUGCUCAUUUGUAGGGCAUUACUGUUCCUUAUUUCGGUUUUGAAGGAAGGACGUCGAGUAUUUGAAAUGGUUUGGUGCCUGCGUAGGUACAUUAAUACUGCUGUCAACCUGGUGUUUUGUGAGGAACAGAGGUAGUGAGGAAUGCGUGUGUUUUGGAAAAGAAUUGGGAGCGCGCAGUAUGCAAACCAUGGAAAGACGCAGUUUAUUCGACAACGGUAUAGAGAAGGACCCCGCUUAACUGUCAGUGGACUGUGGAUCGUGUCUUGCGGGGUUUUAUCUAGGCAUGCAUUUGCAGGCUGUUGCAGAAACUCCACUACCAACAACGAUUACUCACCACGAUCUCACACCUUAACUCAAAAUCCGUUUUUUUGUGAAAUUUACCUUUCGUUUAUUGUUUACUUACUACUCUCAUUUCUGUUGUCAUUCAAAAACGAAAGAUAAGACUUUCGACAUAAAUCCAGGCAAUUUUUGUGUUUUCUUUCAUUUUGUCAGCCUACUGUCUAGCGUGCUGCCGCACCCAUAAAACUCCCUUUGCCACAAAUUACGUACGGCACGAUCCACAAUCUACUGACAGUUGGGUGGGGUCCUUCUCUAUAGCGUUGCCGUUUAUUCAUAUCAAUAUACAUGAAUGUGCAGACUUUUCAAGACCGAAUGUAUUUUACGUACAAUGACAAAAUAUUAGGAAGGCCUGCUUCUUCACAAAACUAGUAUAGAAAGUGCAGUAUGCACGCACCCCCUCUGGGAGACGCACUUGCUGCAAGCAUUUUGUGUGAAACAACGUUAAGUAUACAAUGCCUCACUGAGCAUUUCUAUGCCGGUUUCAUUUGCUCAGGCGGCAGUACAGAUCUUCAGCUGGAAUGCCCAAAUCAUACCAUACGUAUGAAUUACUUCCGGAUACUGAUCUGCGGUAAUCGGCAUUACAACGUUAUUUAAGCCAUCGUUCAUUUUUCAAGAACAUAUCAGGAUAUUUUCCGCAAUGCAUCGCGAGUUUCAACUUCGCUGUAUUUUAUUACUGUUCAGCACGGAAAUAUGGACCCCCGUACUGCAAGUAACCUCGCGCUAACUUUUAAGAGGUAUUUAUUCCCAUGUUCUAACUUAAACCACAACCCCAACCUUACCGUUCGACCGUCGGUUUUGACGAUGUCCAUCCCGUGCACCACGGUAGGGUUAGAGCAGGGCAGGUGACUAGUGCGUGAGUUAGUUUACAGUGAUAGCAGACUGGCAGAGCAUCUACCCCACUCUCUCUUCCAUCACCUAGGUCCGGUAUCAGAACAGAGUCAAGAAGACCGGUGGUGGGAGGGGGCUCAAGGGGAUAGCGCGACCGGAACCUCCCCGUAGACGUUUCGCCACACCUGGUUCAGGCCACAUUAAGAAGGAGCCCCUACAGCCUGACUCUCAGUACACAGUCGGCUACUCCACACAAACACACACAGACAACUGGCUUGACUGCGUGUACUGAGUUGCAGCGUCAGUUAAUAACCUUUCAAGCCACGGCGCUUAGUGCACCGUGAUAGUCUCGGGCUCGGAUCCCACAUGCAACGGAUGAACCACAUGGAAAAAGAGCUGAGAAGCACACUUCUCACUUACGUGAGUGGCGCCAACCACGUGUUUGCGCUGUGUGUUGAUGGGUGAUGUUGAAGUGCAUUGCAGAUGCUGGUGAGGAGAGAUGGUGUGCUGGUGUGGUACAGUUGACGGUGUCCUCUGUACGAUGGAUUCGCAAGUGGCCGCUCAGGCCGAUGCGCGAGAUGAGUGUGCGGUCGUAAUGAGUACAGGUUGGGACUGAGUCAACGUCUCUGGAGGUGGGGAUGAUGAUGGCGGUGUUGACGGUCGACAGGACGUCAGGAACGUUUCGGUCGGUAAGGGGGGUGGUAGAGGUGGUUGGGAUGCUCGUGGCCGCGGUGAUUGUGGCAGAGAUUAUGGACACGACGGCGAUCGAUGGCAAUGGGGCACGGGAUUCGGAACAACGGUGGUGAAGGUGGGCACCGUCGUGGUCGGCGUGGGGUUUGGCGAACAGGUGGUCGUGGAGGCAGCGGCUGCAGUUGUCGCGCGGUUGGUGUAUUGGACUCGAAAAUGACCGACGAGGCCAAUGCGCGCGCGUAAGGUACGUUGACAGCGUGAGCAUGUUGGGUGGGCUUCAGUGGUAAUGUUGCGAAUCAGGGAGGCCUGAGUCUUGCGAGCUUCCUUUUUAGCUUGGGCAGCGGCGAUCCGAUUUGCUCUUUAGAUCACUGCACCACCUUUCACUGCUCUUCGCCAGGUCGGUCUGUUCUGGACGGAGUACUUCCAGGUCUCCAGCUUGAUUUGCACAGUUCUUCAGAGCAUCCUCGUAGCGACGUUCUUCUCCCUGUCAUAGAGCACCCGUGGCGACAUUUUCAUCGCAGUCGCAGAUGUCUCAGCAUGGCGUGGAUGAUGCGGAUCCCAGUUAUUUUCAGGACUUCUUUGUCCGGGAUCCUGUCCUGCAAUCUUAGCUUCAACAUUCUGCGGAGGCAGCUUAGAUGGAAGUGGUUGAGCUUCCUGACGUGGCUGGUGCAGACGGUCCAGGUCUCAGCUCAAUACAGAAAUGUCGUCAAGACGAGGGCCUUGUACAUCUUCAGUUUGCUUUAACUUGAAGGCCGUAGCGAUUCCACAUGGACGCUUGCAGCCGGCCGAAGGCCUGACUGACUAUAGAGAUCCGAUAAACCACUUCAUCGUCUAUUUUGAUGCAGUUCGAGAGUGUGCUUCGUAGAUAGGCGAGGUUGUCUACGGUUUUAAGUUGGCUGUCGUUGACACUGAUUCGAGGUGUGCUGUAUUCCGUGUUGGUUGAAUGCUGGUGCAUGACCACCGUUUUGUUUGUGUUGAUGGUCAGACCAAAGUUGGUGCACCCGGCGACGAAGAGGUCCGUGCUCCUACACAUGUCAUCUUUGGUCGUGGUGUUGAGCGUGCAGUCCUUCGGCGAAGAGCAGGUCGUGGACUGUGGUCGUAGAUAGCCGCAUUCGACCUGCAUGCACCUGCUGUUCAGGAGAUGCCUGUCCGCUCUGAAAGCGAUGCCUGUUCCAUGACGAUCAUCACGGUAGGCCUUCAUCAGCAUAGCAGAGAACACGAGUGCCCCGGCCAAAAAACUAGCCUUCAUAACCUUAACGCGAACCCUAACCACAUUUCUAAUCCAAACCUCUUUAAUCGCAACCCUAAUCCCCAGAAUUUAGGACAAGACUACUCGUAAUAGGGGAUCCAUAUUCUCGUACCCGACCGUUAUUACUAAUAUAACUUAUCGGUGAAAAGCAUUUAGGGACAACCAUAAACUUGUGAGGUCAGGUAAUAUGUCUACUAGAUUCAAAGGAUCAUUAGUUGUCGUAUUUCACUUCAGGAAAGUUGGGCACAGAUUGUACCACUUUUCAUUUAACCAUAAUCUUUCAACAGUUGGCGCAUUAUUUCGCAAAAAGACGAAGUGCCAGAUCCUAGGUCAAAAAUCAAACAGUUGUAUCCAUCUGUGAAGACCCGUUAACCAGACCUCAUUAGCCAUUUUCUGCAUCCAGCGGCAUGAAUAUUUCGUUUUCGCCUUUUCCUUCGUAAGGAAUCGCUAAUUGUGGUCUGAUACCCAUUCCACUCGAUGAGUAUUACUUUGACGCCUGUCCAUUUGACGAAACCGACGAAUCCUCCUCUCUCCACUUCCGUCGGGUGUGUUGGUGGACUCAACCUGAUUUGGACAAACGGUCUCCCGAAUACAUCAAAGUCGUUUUUGAUCAGGUAUGUGAUCCUAGCUGUGUGUUGUGGGUCCAGUUUUGACGUCGAACACGUCUGAGCAAAUGUUGAGCAAUAUUUCCCAUACGUGUUUUAUCUAAAGGGAUAAUAUCUGUUUGACGUUACCUAUAUUCUUAAUCAGGAAGUGAACAUUUACAAUUCCAUAUUGAGGAGUGCAUCGGAGCAAUCUUCCUCAAGCUUAACCAGACGCAAAAGGUGAAGAGUCGAGCGCUGGAAAUAACAGCCUAUUAGUCGAAGCUUUCUAACCGAUUCUCGAGUCAUUCAACUGUGGAAUGGGGAAAUCAGCACAGCAAAUAGUUUGAAAUGCGCAUUAGUCAAUCAACGCCGUGUGUAGCCGCGUAUAUCGCGACAUUAGGCAACGACCGUAGAAUCAGGUUACGUCUUUCAAACCGACCGCAUGACGCUUUGUAGGCUGAACAAGUUCGAUACAGCUGUUUAGUAACUCACUACCCGAAUAUUCACGUCCUAACCACCUCUUCCACUGUUUUUUCGUGUCUCAACGAUUCCCCUAACAGAACGACUACCGCCCUUAGUGCACAGCCCAAAUGAGCUCACCAGAGGCCAACUGAGCCCAUAUAAAUGGUUGGAUAUUAUCGGCCGCCUUCUCUGUGCCGAAUUCCCAUUAAAUUACACAGGUCAAACUAGGCGAAGACUGAAGAUCAGGUGAUUUCACAAAAACAGAAUGGUCCUCCGAUAGGAAGACUCGUUGCCUGACAUGGCUGCACACUAUCUGAAGGGAAGUCCUACCUUCAUUCUUGCUGCCGCGUCGAUAGGUAAACAACCUGCAUGCAAGGCAUACUUGUUGUGAACACAUCUCGACACAUUUGAGGCGGCUAAAGUAAAAAAAUCAAAGAUAAACUUGAAAUUAUUCCAUUAGAAGACUUUCAAUGAGCCAUUUAUAUGCUACCGGUGACCCAUUCGACCAAAUUCUUUGCCACCGUCUAAUUGAGGUAAUCAAAGCUCAAGCCUUCGCCGACUGACUUUUAAGACCACUGAUACUCGAAUUUAGCUGGCAGGCCAUUUGUCCAGCAAGCGCCUUGUUUUUCUACUUAUUUUUAAGAGUUUAUUGUUUUCCAUGUAGAUUGUGGAACAGUUUCUGACCGGCUACUGGAUCUCAACAGAAGACAGUGUUUUAACUGAAGCUCAAUACGUGAGUGCUAAAUUAUUUUUUUGGCGUUGAUUCUCUCGAGGGUCAGUCUUUGAUGUCGUUGUACAGGACGAGUGGAAUCGUUUCUUUCAUCAUUUAGCGAGAAAGAAAUGGUAUACUGAAAGUAAUGACGAUCCAGGGUAUCUAUCAAAUUCUUUACACACUGAUCUAUCUACCCCAAAUCCAUCGGUAGUUUGUAAAGGCCUACCUACGUAUUUAAGAGUCGUCCACCUACCACGAUUAGCAUUUCAGUCAACGACCUGGGGACUUUUAGAGGAUUCUAUUUCCCCUAAUUUGCGUUGAAAUCUUAUGCAUUCUUCUCUGUUUAGCACGAAUUGGUCCAACUGGCCGUAAAACUGUCCGUCAUCUUCCACACCGGACCGUCGUUUACAAAGUUAGUGUGCUUGUCUGAAUUGACACUUUUCCAUUGAAAUUUUGGAAUUAUUGAUGGUGUUACGAGCCCUCAUAUUCCCAGUUGAUGCUUUGGAGUUUUUCAACGGUCCCCUCCUUCUACUAAAACCAAAAACGAUAACGGAGCUUCAGAUAGCUUCAGUGUACAGGUGUAAGCAAAUCUAUCUAUCUUAAACAGUUGAUUUCCCUUGGCUGGAAAACUACACCCGGUACGAAAAAUUUUCUCAAGAUGUGGACCGUAAUGCACAUCACAGGGGCAUGUAUAUAGCCUCUCUACUUCUUCGUCUUCUUCGGGAGAUGAUGAACGCGAUAUAGCCUAAGUGUAUAUCCUAACACAUCUAUGAGACACAGAACCUUUGAUUUUUCUCUGUAUUACUUUUUAAAAAAAUGAAAUGCGCUACUACCUCAUAGCCGUAAUUCGAAUUGGCAUACCUCACUCAAUCGUUUAGUCUUUGGUAGGCAUUAUGUUUACCUGAGACUGCAAUCCAUUUGCCGAACAAAGAGGCGUUACGUAAACCCAAGGUUUACUCACAGAAUGUCGCACUCACUAACAACCCAUCACCAGGCCGGGCUUCGCAUGCGGGAAGGGCGAUGAGCAGCGCUCAUGCUUACCGGAAAUAGGCGGAUGAGUAAGGGCCUUAAUAAUGCGCAACGUCGAUACGUCAAUUACACUCUUUUUAUUGGAGCCCUAGGUCCAAACUUAUCUUGUGGCAUGCCCGCGCAUUGACUUUGCAUCUGCCAGUUUGACUUCAUGCCUGCCUCUAGGAUGUGGGCAGUGCCUUCAACCAGCAGGUCACAGCCCACAUUACAGGCUCGUACUUUUCUUCGCGAACUUAAUCUUUCUGCGACCCGGUCAGCGAUGACCAAUUCCGGAGGAGACUCUGGUAGGCCGCACAUGAUCUACGCACCUGCGUUCUUUUGGGCCUGGAACUUCAUGGCGUCUGCGCCACUCAGCCCUUUCUCUGCUAUAUUGCUCCCGAUGUCGCAAUUUCACAUCGGUCCAAGAAUAUAUUAACGUUGCCAGUGGUAUCAUUUUCAACUAGAACCCCGAACGCACAUCAUCGCUCCUUUUCUAUAUGUAAAAUAAGUCUUGCACACGGGGUUUACUUUGUGGCGAUCGUUUUAAAAAGCCAUUGCUUACGUAAAAAGUAAAAUGUACCCGGGAAUAACCACUCCUGGUAUCGAUUUUUAUGAAGCCUGAAAACCCAUUCGAACGUUCAGCAGUCGAGUGAAGCCACACCAUCAUGUGAAAACAAAUCCGUUACAGUUGAGUGAAUGUUUUCGGCUACAUAAUUUUAGUCUUUCCUAGGUUAGAUAGUCGUACACCGACCAGCCACAUCUCCAUGUUGGCGCUGUUGAAUAAUUUGAGUCCUAUCAUUAUACAGGCAUGCAUAAGGGCUUAUAGCUUAUCCUUGUCCAUCGCUCUAACAUAUCGAUUCAAGUUUUCGGUCAUGGCUUGCGUCGACCCCUACUUGUUAUUGCCCUGAAUCACCGCAAACCGUAAGACAUUUUAAAAAUAAUCUGUGAAUGCGCACAGAUUUCUAGGCCUGGGCUACCUGCGCUCGAAUAAUUCAUGGGCUAUCCAAGAAAAAUGCCAGUAGAGACGAAAAGCAUGCUAAAAUCGAUUACUUUUUGACGACAGACCCACACCUAUUGGCCUUAAAGUGUGUCAGGGGAUAAUUUGCGCAUACCAAGAGAUAAAGCGGAAUAACAUCCCUGAUUAGUUGCGCAGCAAAUUAAGUAUCUUCAAUUUGCAACCCCUUUCUAGCAGGGGUCGCGAGAAUUUUUGCGUAGUUCUGUUUUGAGACCAGCCACUUACGACCGAAUUUUGAUGGGCCGCGUUUUUUCUGAAACCUUAUCUGCAGCUGUUAAGUAUUUUUCUUUUAGUAAAGUUUUGCUUAAUUAUCUACUCCGCAGGGAAGAGGCCAUUGAUUUGAUGCCACGUGGCCUGGGAAUCCGCAAAAAGGACUGGAUCAAGCAUGUCACCGAUGCGGUGGCUGCCGCACCCGACUACACCAUCCCUGAGGCUCGAAGGGGCGUUAUCGGUUAGUUUAUUGUUUCCUGAUGAUCUUCUAAAAACGGAAGACAUUUGCCUGGCUUUUAAGUUCAUCUGACAGAUGGCGGACGCGCAAGUUAUCUAGUACUGCUAUGAUUCUGGGACAAAACCUGUCAAUGGUGUGAUCGCUACCCACUGUAACGUUUUAUCUUCUUCCAGGCAGUUGCUCUGCAUUCCUAAAAACUUACAUUUAUUAAUCUGGAUUUCCGUUGUGAUUGUUUAAAGUGGCAGUCGACAUUUCGUAAGUGUAAGCGCUGCAUAGACGGCCUUACCUUGCUAUUUUUAAAAUGCGUUAUUUCCUUGAUGUUAAAAGUCGAUCUUCGGAGGUCGAUUUAUGGACUUCUUCAAAGAUGCCCCCUGUGAAGUCAGAACAAUUGAAAAAUGCACGUUCAAGCGACAACGUGUCAACGAGUCCCACACGCUGCUCGACCCUUCUUCAUGGAGUAGUGUGUGUAACGCUGGUUACUACCGGCUACCUCACUGAAGGCAACAGAUGUGGACUUCAUGUUUUUUUAGAGUUGCGAAUUUGCAUGACAUAGGCUGGCCUUAAGCUGGAAUCAAAGAACGACAUGUCGGUCGUUUUCUUGGUUUUUCAUUAUCUUGGACUUGUUCCACAUCCCUUUGUAUGCUCGCUUCAUCACAAUCUUUGGACAUUUGUUUUUUUUGAUACAUCUUUGCAGCCACCAUAUCAUCUUGGCCUCUCUACGGAGCAACCUGUUUCCAUGGCUAUUUGAAGUCCAUCCCUGAGACUUACUCCGUCCGCUUUUUCCAACACGAGUACGGCGAUUCCGAGUUCAACAGCGCGAACAUUCCCGUAUUGGUGGCAAUUUGUCGAACAUCCCUCCGCUUCCUGCAUCCAUCACGACGUGUCAUCCUCAUGACUUUUGCCUUCUCCGAACUAAAGGCUGUUCAGGUGAGACUUUCUCUCUAGUUACCCGUCGCUUACCUCCAUUAUUCGCGAGUUUCCGCAUUCUAGGCCUACCCAUAAAUUCCAAGUUGUUUGCCGAAAACGAAUCUCAGCACAAAAAUGCCUUAUUCCAUUGAGCGCCUGGCGACACCAUGACCUAAACUGUACCUUUUUCGCUUUUCAACCCCCAGAAAAAUCUCUACCGUGCUGCCGGAGACGAGUACGCCGGUGAGGUAGUGAUGAACUUUGCCGCCAAAACUGUCCGCAUUGUCCUUGAUCAGGUACAUUCGCCUUUAACUUAUAUUAUUCUUUUAUGUACGUAAAACCCGAUUUGCCGAAUAGACAGCAUCCUUUGGGAAUUAAUAUGAUUGGUGUCUCCAGUGUCCUACAAUUGGAAGGAGCUCCUAUUUGGGAAAUAUUAGCUGCUUUGCGCGCAGAGGUACAAAAGGGUCUUCUCCGUGGCCGUCUACAGUUGGAGGCCGCUCAUUAGAACUGAAGUGGGCUUUUCACAGCCACUUGUGGAUGGUGAUUAACGAUAACAGGCCUGAUCACAAGGAUUAAACCUCAGAUAACGUGAUCCGCUUGUCUGGAAGUGCUUGUUUUACAGACAACCAUAACUUUAGGGACUUUGAUUCUGGCAUCGGAGACUCUCCACGGUACUAUCACAAUGAAUUCUAAAAAAAAACCUUCCAUAGUGCCAGAAAACCUUGCCUUGGAGUUCCAAACUAAAGCCCUCGCAGCCUGUCGUUUAGCGACGGGAAUGACUAUUGUUGGCUACUUUGUUGUCAUCAGCCAGCUAAACUAGACUCGAUGACGGGUCAUUAUAUGACCGUCUAGGGCGGAUCUCCAAGGUCAGGUUUCAACUCACAAUCGGAUAGGUAAGGUGCCCCGACUGCAGCCUGGAAUGCGUUAACUUGUGACUCAAAUGCGUGGGAACCAACUGGACCCGGUUUUAAAUUCGAGCACGUCCUAGUCUGACGAUGUGAUCGGAUAAAAGCCGAAAACUGUCGACCCAUUUCACCCGUUUCUUUGAUAGCCCGUCUGCAAUGGAAAAGGGUUAUUCAUGGAGUCAACUACCCUCCCACGUUCAGACGUGCGAAGAGAUUUUAAAUAAAACAGAGCACGCCUGAGGGGUUUGACUGCUUAAACGUCGAUAUGCUUUGUUGGCCGAUACUUGUUUGCAAUUUCCAACUAUUUACAUCAUUUUCCUGCAGGCCUGGACCUUCUGCUUCAUUGUCGAUCGGUGCAAGCGUUUGCUGGAAGUCUGA